AAUAAAUGAGCGCUGCUGCGCGCCGUGACGCGCGCAUGGAGUGGGGGGAGGGAGGGGGAGAAAAAGAGAGAGAGAAAAGCGGGAUCUCAUCCCUGUAAAUCAACCAGCCAGUGUCCUAAAACACAAGAAGCGCUGAUGAUCUGCAGUGAACCCCCUUCUUCGCCUCCAUCCUCCGAGCUGACCUCGUCUCCGCGCAAACUUCCAGCACACGCGCAGCAGCAUGAGCGGAGGCAGACAGCGUGGAUGUGCCUCAUGAGGCGGACCACAGGAGCUGAACACACCGCUCAAAGUUUGCCCUCAGAACCCACCGCGACUCUGACUGAACUAACGCACAACUUCACGCCCGCUUUCCUGCUGUCUUAACACUUUUUCGACCUGUCGUCCGCCUGUUGGGAUUGCUUGGAUUCCGCGGUGCGUCUUUUAUGUCCAGCCGGGGAGACGUGUAGUUUUUUCGGGGUGGUCUGCGUUAAGGACGGUGACAUGCAGGUUCUCGGUUGGACCGUAGUUCUCCUCUGCCAGUGGAUCCUACGGAAGGUGAGUUCACAUCCACCCUGUGGAGAUAAUCACUCUUGGGGUCACAUUUUUCACAUGAAUCCUUCUGCGGAGUUCCGGGGCUGUUGCCUUUAGAGGGGAACACCUGCUUCUUCAUAUCAGGGGAUCAGUUCUUUCUAAAUCCUCCAGCAAGAUUUUGAGUUUUUAAAAUUUGAAAUGGAAAACUCUAUCAUAUAAGGUCAAAUUAUAACCUGCAGAUUUGAUUGUUCCGUUGCAUUUCAGCUGAAUUUGCGAGAUCCCUGCAGGAUUUUUGCGCACCCGAACUUAGUUAAAAGUUAUAAAAUCUUUACACCAGCUGUAUAUUCUUAAAGACACAUAUGUAUUCAGAAUAUUUGGCUUGUUUUCAGUUUGAAGAGACUAAAAAAACGACUGAACGCGCAGAUUUCUGCUCACUGAGCGUUUCCCCUUAACUCCCACUUCAGCAGCCCCUCCUUUAUCUCCAUCUAUCUAUCUCUUUUUUUUCGCGCUCGCAGCAACUUCCUCUAAUUUUCCUUCAGAAGUUCAACACGCCCGUGGCUUGUUUUAUUAUCUCAGCAUCGCUAUGGCAAAGAGUUUGUGUGCCUAGUUCAGCUCUGAUGCUUCUGCUGCAGCUGCUGAUAAUGUGUGGGUUAAAGCGAGCGUGCGUAAAUGUGCGCGCACGCUCAUCUUUGCGCAUUACAUCCGAGUGUUUUCCUGAUUGCCUUCCACUCAGAGUUAUAAUGUAGUUAUUUUAUACACACAUUCACACACAACAGAAUACAAUACUGUACAAUAGAGGAGGAAUACAAUAGAAGACAGCCUGCUCCGGCUGAUACACGCCAUGUGGAGCUGCUCAGGGUUUCUUUGGCCUCAGUGAGAAAUGAAAGAGAAUUAAAACAUGACUUUUCUCCAUGAUCCCCCUCCUCACCUCUGACUUCCUUCUCUUCCAUUAUAGAUCAUUUUCCCCCCAACUGAUUUUCAUUAAAACCUGUUAAGUGUAUCUUCAAUCACAGUUGUAAAAAAUAACCUGCCACUGUGAGGAAAACUCUUUAUAAAGACUUUUAAACCUGAUAGUUUGACAAGAAAAUAAAAACACAUCUGAAUGAGAGAAUUUCACAGGUUUAAAGUCGGGAUUUUCAGCUCUGUGGCCCCCUCAGUCCCUUCCUCUUAACAUGAGAAAACUGAGACUUGAUGGCGGGUUUGUUUGGCAUGCGAUUGUUUAAAAACACGCUGUUGGCUGCUGGCAGAUUGGGGUGAGGCUGGAUUGUGACAGGUAAUAGCACCUGCACUUCUUCUGAAGAUUGAAUGCAAAUCAUUUCUCGUGCAAACUGGCGCUGCUCUGCCUCUUCCGUGUGAGAGUGCAACCUCAAAUUCCAGACUUGGUUAUUAUCAGGUUAUAUCAGCCACACAUUUCAGUAAUGUGCCGUUUGGGAUCAUGUUACAUUUUAUUUUUUCUCCUGUUUUUCGUUGAGGCGUAAAUGACGGAUAAAUGAGUUUGUUUUCAGCACCUGUGUGGCGCAGAUGACUUGGUGAUCUAAUGUGACAAGUUUAAUGUAUCUUUGGGAGGAGAGGAGAAGUGAAGACGGGUUUGCAGUAGAAGGGAAGAAAAGUUCAUGUUAGCCAUCUUUUUGAUUAAAUUUCAUGCUCUCUGGUAAAAACUGGUCAUAAGCAGCUUCUUCGAGGCCUUGGUGUGUACUUGUGAGCGCCUCAGUGAAGAAUAGAAAAAAGUGAUGAAAAGAUAAAAGGAGAAUUUCUGCCCAAUAUUUCAAAAUCCUUUUUUUUUCCUGACAGAAAACUUCGUUUAAAACAUCUUUUCCCGAAUAAAUUGGUCUCCACACUCGGAUAAGAACAUUUAGUGGGUGGGUUCUCGCUGCGCUCCCUGCAUAUGAUGUCCAACGCUGCAAUAUUAUGAUUUUUUUUCCCACCUUAUGCUUUGAAAUGAUAUCUACAGUAACAGGACUACAAAGAAAGAAAAGAUGUGUGAAAAGCUCCUUUGCUGUUUUAUGCUCCCAGUAGGAACAAUAGCAUUAGCCGGCAUCUCAACCUGACAAAAUCCUCUUAUCUCCCCCCAUAAAACAACUAGCUAUAUACCCCAGGGAUAUUACAGCGCCUGAGUCACUUUAAUUUCAUUAUAUAUAGUCCCACUUCCUUUGCAAUCAUGUCUCAGAUAUUGUGCAUAGCUUUGCAUUUCAGUCUCGCUGAAAUCUCUGUGUGUGAGUGUGUGUUUCUGUGCAUCACGUUUACCCGUGCCCACAUGUUGUGCACAUCUUCACGCCAAAAAAAAAAAAAAAUCUGAGCCAUCAUCACCAGAGCAGGAUCAGAUGUUUUUUCCACCACGGAUUAAACCAGGUGGUUGGUGGUUUUCCCUCCCACUCGCUGUCUUUUCGUCCAUCCAUCUGUCCGUCUUUGGAUCAUCUAAACUGUCAAGCGGCCCAGUUUCACCAAACAGGAGGAGGAGGAGGAGGAAGCACCGCUGGGUUUGUAAUCUGUGCAAAUUAUAUUCUCUGUUCACAAACCGAUUAGAUAUGUAAUCUGUUGAAUCAUGAUGACAGAAGCAAUCACAUUAGGGUUGAUAUCUAUUGCCUCUGAAAUUGUUCCCAGAGAUCAAAGCAUUCUUUAACCUAAAAAAACCAGCCACUGAUUCAUGCCGUAUUUUAAUGGAUUUCAACAUGGUUUGCUUAAGGUUAAGCAACGAUCCAUUUUUAUUUAAUUUGUUUUCUCCCCUUUCUGCAGCCCUCUGCCCCAUUUUUGACAAGCCAUUACUUUUAAAAUGAGUUAUCGCUUGCUCUGUGCAGUGAAUAGAUCCUCCUCGGGCUUUGUAUUAGCCGUGAGAAGAGGGGAAAUUUCAUUUGAAUGUGUGAAGAUGUCGUAUAUUUCAGACUAAUGUAAAAUGAAACAUCAUUAUAGUGGAGUAAGGUCUGCUUUGCACGGGCAUCUGUCAUCACUGUUCAGGUUAUGGAGCUCAUGAUGGCGAUGAGCGAACACUUGGCGCCUAAUUAAAUCUCUUUUUUUUUUUUUAAAGAAUCAAGAUCAUUUUUUUAUAAUAAGCUUUUAAUGCCACAACUGUUUAACCGUUUUGAAAUUAAUCAUUAAAAUUGAGAGGGGAAAAAUAAUCAGAUUUCUGCAAAACAUGUUCACCCUUUGUUUCACCAGCAGCUCAACUUCACUUAAAUUUCCAGAAAAGGAGCUGAAAUGUUUAAUUUUUUGGCAGAAAGGAAAAGAAGUGAACAGAGCUGAGUGUCUCAGGCGCUUUGAGGGUUUUGGUUCGCAAUCUGUUGGAGUGCUGGUUCGUGUUAAAAUGUGGAUGUCAAAGGUUUGUGUGGCUCAGAGUAAAGCUUUGUGUAAUUCACUCUGAAUGCAUUUUAUUGCUGUUUAAUAUUUCUCUGAAUCUCAGAGCGAAUCUUCACCGGUGCUUUAAGUUCUCAGACCCUUAACCAAAGUAAACGCAGCAGCUCCUCCCAAACAAUAUGAACCCCUGCAUUAAAACAAUCGAUAAAGUCACAUUAGCUAAAAAAUCACACACAUAAUUCAGAAUAAUGAUCCAGAUUAUAGCUUUUAUAUCCUAUAAUAUGAUUCAUUCAUGUGUAAGAGGACAUUUCACUGCUUUAUUUGAUGGAGAGAAAACUUAAAUUUCACCUUUUCCUCACUUUUAAGUGAAUAGAUAUCAAAGCAUCACAUUUGAUAACAUGAGAUUAAUUUUUUAAGUUGAAUUUGGGACUUCAAGAGGAAAAAUAGUUUCUUCCAUAAUUGAGCAGAAGAAAAGGAAAGUAUUACAAAUCUCAUCUGCACACUUCUGUUAAGCAGUAAGGUGUAAAGGCUCAAAUUAAGCAGUAUCUUUAUGUUUAGGGAUUGAAAGUUUGAUGUUUCUGUGUGUUUUAUUUUGAAAGGGAAAGCUGUGUAACCUCACAGCUUGAAGGCCCAGCUAGGUCGAUAUUUUCAAGUAAGAGAAAAUAUGUUAGGUGUGAUGUUUUUUAUCUGGAUACCCUCUCCUCGGUGUCGAUUUCAAGAGCGUUGUAGCAAAGAAGAGAGUGGGACGAAAGCACGAGAUGAAGUUCAUGUUUAUGUCUAUAUGUUUACCAGUGAGAGAAUGAAAAAUGAAUCUUUUUUUUCUGUUUUGGUCCCCUAACAGCGAAUGUAUCAGAGAUUUUACCUUUUCUUUUUUAAGUCCAGAGGUUCUUGAAGCAGCUUCUUCCUCAGCAGUGUGGAGCAGAGCAGAUGGGUCUGAGGUUUUCAUGCUGAGGCAGAUCACACUUCUGCAGGCAGACAGGAAACAGCUGGAAAGAGAGGGAUGUUGUGUUUACUGUCACGCAUGCUACUGGCUCUGGAGCUGCUUUUUAAGUUGGGUCCUAUAAACUUCUUUAAAGUCACGACCCAAAUCAGAACCUAGUUCCAGACAGGAUCGACGUGAUGUUCAGAAAUAAGACUCUGUGGAAGCUGCCUCACAGUACAGACAGCCAUACUUCAAACCAGCGCUGUUUUCGAGCGAUCAAAGUUAAAGAUAAACAACACAAAAGUCACUGUCACAACACAGUUUGAUUUAAAGUAGGCCUCUUAAUUUUUAAUCCAGAUAUUGUCAGCAGAAUAAAAAGAUUUAAUCUAAUGUAACAAACAUGUUCGAGUGGUCCUCUACUUUGAAAUCAGUGCCAGUCAGAUAAGCUCAGAUAAUUAAAUCACACUGAGUCUAAUGUGCACAUGGGAGCUUUUCCAGUUAAGCUGUGAGUAUUAAGUAUCCUUGGUUAAAAAAAAAGAGGGAAAUGAUCUCUACGAACAGCAGCAAGUCCCUGAGCCAAUGAAUUAUGUUCUUUAUUAAUUUAAGAUUAUUUUUCUGUGUGAGAUUUUCCAUCAGAGACAUCUCCAUCCAGAGGUUUCUCCUGAGUUUGUCUCAUUGUGAAUCUUUCCGGUUCAGUCUAGGUGGAUCUAAAAAGGCUUUUCAUGCAUCGAAGACUAAAAAAUUAAAGUGAAAGACAAAAUUAUUGACGUUAAAAAAAAAUAAACUGUUUGCUGAAUUUUUAGGACACAGAACUAAGAAUCCCCUUCAUGUCCUCAGUGAUACCAAAUCAUUCACAUUAUUUACAUCGAGCAGAGGGACUUACAUCGACUGAACUAGAAGUUGAUCAGCUUUGCAGGUUUUGUCAGAGUCCCUGACAUGUUCUUGAAUUUUACCUGAUCGAGGGGCAAGAAAAGACAGAAAGUCACCACAGUAAUUAAAAGUGACUGUAAUCCAGUCACAGCUGAGAAAUGGAUAUCUGUACAGAGUUUCAUGGCAAACAGACUGACAGAGCGUCUGACACAUAGACUGUAUAUACUAUAGACAACUUGGUUCCGCCUGUCGUCAUUAUACGAAUUUGAGGCCGAAUUGCUCUCUGUAUUUCCGGGGUUUUCUCCACUUCCUGGAACCACCACUUGUGCAGUAGCAUUAUAUGCAGGAGAGUCACUGUGAUCCCCAGGGUGAUCCACACAAUCUUUAUAUGUCCAUAGGCUGUAUCAAGUGUCAAUUAUAGAAAACACGAACCCCCUACGAACUUUUUUUUUUUUAAGUUAUAUUCUGUGUAAUAAACUUAUAAAGUUUGUCCACAGCUCCAUAGGUAUUGCUGGAGGAGGCGGGAUUUAUGACCUAUACCGCAGCCCGUCACCAGAGGGUGCUGUUCUCGUGAUGGCUUCACCCUAUGGUCUGACACUGUAGACAUCAAAAAUGAUAACAAAAAGACACAAAUCUGACUGCUUACAUCUUCAACAUGAAGCCAAUGAAUGUUGAUGAAAGGAUGAGGGAUAUGUAAUGCAGACUCAUCCAGCCAUCAAACCCAUACAUCCUCUAUGUUUGAUUGGGUGUAUUUCUUUCAUGAAUGUCCUAAAUCCUCUCUUUUUGUUCCACUCCAGUUCAGCAGGUGGUGCUAUACCACUUCAAAGCUGUCAUUGAACAAUACUUAUUGUCCCAUUUAGCAAGAUUUGCUUUUAUAUCAACUUAUGUCUAGGCUAGGCCACUGUGAGACGAAACAAGAUAAAACACCAUGUGAUAGAUGAACUUUUGUUGUCUUUCGUAUUUUUCAACUUUCCAACCUCACUGUUUUUGUUUAGGUGCACAGUAAAAACCUCCAAAUUAAAGAUUUACACUGAUGUUUUUUACAAAUUUUUUUCUAAGAUAUACUUUUGUUUCAAAUACACUGGCUGGACAUGACCCACCGUAAGGCUAAGGGGUUUCCUAGAGCACAUCCUCUUUGUGUAUUCUUUGCAUGGAGUGAAAAUAAAGUAGUUUUGUACAGAAAUUCAAAAGAAAGGAUGGAGAUAUAUGUUUGGGAUUAUCUGAAGUACAAUGGUCUUUGUGGAUUGGAUUGCAACAUGGUUGCUGCAUCUUGAAUUUUUAUUUAAAAUUAGGCUUUUUUUCUGGAGCAAAAUCAAAUACUGGUAUCAGAAUCAAGUUUAAAAAUUCUGCUUUUCCAGUAAAACCUGCAGACGGAGUUUGGACGCAGUUAAGAGAUAAAAGCAGCAGGAAAGCUGAGUGACACAUGAGUAAAUCAAAAACAAUGCUGAAGCAGAGUAAUCCAUGAAGUAAUAAGCCAACAGUAUCAUUUUGAGUUGCUUUUAGAGGUAGAAAAAAACGGCCUUAAGAUGGUCACAGAUGUAUUUCUAACAGCCUGUGCACAAACAGGGAGCUUCAGGUUUUUGUUUGUCUCACUGGAUUUAUAUGAUCUAUUGUUUCCCUCCACUCACCCUUGAGUUUUCACCUCUUGUUCACAGUCAAACAGAGAAAUGAUUGAUAUUUCCACUAAACUCCUUGUUCUGCAGCACUUUAAUUGAAAUUAUUUGCUCUCCUUUUCUCCCUUGUCUGAGCUGUUAGCGCACUUACUCUGUUCGAAACGCCUUUUUAAAUAGGACAAGGUACUCGCAGUGAGAAAAAGGCAAGAUUUAGUGAAAAAUCAAGUUAAUUUUUCUGUUUAAUUUAACAAACUAGCCUCCAGCUGUCUGAAGAGUCUUGCUUUGGUUUGGAUCGACUGCGUUGUGAAUGCCAGAUGGUGGGCUUUCACAUAACUGCAAAUAACACUGGCAAUUGGUUGAAGCUCUUAUGUUGGAAGGAAAAAUAUGGAAAUCAGAAGCAGAAGCAAACAACUUGAAUAAAACGUCCCCGCCUGUCUCGUCUGGGCUCGUGUCCUGUUCCAGAAAGCUCAAGUUUAUAUAAAAUCGUAAAUAGGUUUAUAAAGUAACCGUUUACAGCAGUGUUCAGACAGAGGAAAAAUACACCCGUUGGCUUUUUGUCCAGAGAUUAACUUACCUAACUGUCUGAAUUUAUGGUGCCUGAGCUUCUUUUCUGUGUCAGAGGAACCAAAAGAGAAUCCAACCAAGAUCAGAGUCUUUCAUGACAGUGCAACAUAUGAGAAUAAGCGAAAACUCAAAUAAUGCUGAGAUUGGAGCCUUGGAGUGGGUGCACAGAUUGUGUUUGCAUAGCUGUAUGGUAACUUUGAAUACACUCCCAGAUACACAAAGCCCUAUCAGAUUAUUGUCUUUUGGACAAUGUAUGGGAAUGCUGAUAUUGACUGAGGCUUGUUGCCAAGUCACGGUAGCAUCCAAAUAAACUUGCACCAAAGCCAGAAACUGUGCUGCAUGAAGAUAAGGCUGUCAUAUCAUGCUGUUGAUAAAGCUUGGGUCUUUUAGGAGGUGUUAAAGUCAUGCCCCAGCUAAUGAAAACAAAACCACUGAGUAGCACCGAGGGGAAUUAGUCAGAUAAACACAGAUAAAAGAAAAGUAAAACUCUGUUUUUGUAUUCUUAAGAAAGUCAAGUCAAGGCUGAUCUCUGUAAAACUUUUUUAGGACCCUCAAUACUAGUAAGGGGUUGUAGCAUUUUUUAGCAUCUAUUAAAAGUGAAUGUACAUUUGAAAACUUAUCUGAGACGAGUGACAGCCUGUGAAAUGAAACCCAUGUGGAGGUGCAAAAACUCUUGCAGUUCCUCGAGUGUCCACUUGAGGCUGGCUGCAAAAGCACUCAAAACCACAUACACACCCAUUCUAAAAAGGUGACCUUUGUAGUUAAAAUAAACAAAGUAGCAGCGUGAUUAAAGUCCCACUCUAAUCAUUUUUUUUACUUCUUAGAGUGUUCUCAGUGAUCUUUAAAUUGUGAUUAUGAAGUUUUUAGCCAAAAUCUCGUUACCUGUGUCAUUUUUAAGGGCUUUUCUUCUGCAGAGCUCCAGUACAUCAUUAGCAAUUCGCCUCUGAGUUGUGGGCGGAGACAGCGCUGCUCUGCACACCCCUCUUCAUGCUAGCUUGCAGCCUAACAUUGCAGGUGUAGUAGAAGCGGCAGGUAACAUACGAGCUAUUCAGCUCUCAGACAUUAACGUCCUUAGGGACAUGAUGAAAGCUAAUAUCAUACUUAGCUUUCUUACGAGCAUUGCAAUCCACUAACGCACACGCUUGUUCCGCUAUCGUCCUGUCUAUUUCUCAGAGUCUGGCUUGCGCAGCGGUGCUCCUGGGGCGGAGCUUGGAUUUGUGACAUAUGAAAUCUCACUGCAUCUGAACCUGCCGUUUGGGUCUACCAGAGAUUCUUAGUGAUUUGAACGCAGAAAUACGCAAAAAUGCAAUUUUGCACUCUUUUUUUACUCAUGAAGAAGAAAAACAUGAUUUUCAUCGGAGUGGGUCUUUAAAAAAGGAUUUUGAUCUGCAUAGAUAAGUCCUUUGUGCCCAAACACUGUGCAGUGGGUUAAUGUAUUAGUUAGUCCAUAGUUUUGAAGAUAUUAAGGUUAUAGUUUUUGCAUACUUGCUCUCUGUCUUUACCUCUUGCUAGGUCAACCCAAAACAAAAAAUUAUCAAAUUUUGUUCAAUAACUAAAGCUUAAUCUUUGAAGGAUUCAUUCAUACAAAAUCAGGCAAGUUACACAGAUUCACUGGUGAUGCAGAGGAAUGAGAAAUUCUUCAGAAGUAAAUCAGAAACAUUCCAUUUAUUAGUAACUUGAUGAAGUUGUGUUGUUCAUCCCUAAUAAUAAUGAAUAAUCUUCAAUAUAAUGUUUGUCUUCUGUUUAGCUGGCUGUUUAUUAGAAGAUAUAUGUGGGAAUACAGACCAGCUGCACAAAUGUGUGCUUCAUUAAAUGAAAUCUACAAAAAUGUAUUUGUUGAUGCCACUAGCCAGUGAGGAUUAACUGCAUCUGUUAGUUGGUUAACAUAAUAUAGAAAAAAAACAUCAUGUUUCAAAGCAGGGAUAUGCAGUGAAUAGUUGAGUUUUUUCUCAAUUUCUGCGGCUGUAACUUUGUGGUCAGGUCAUUUAUCUCUAAUCUGGAUGGUUAGUGGUCCAGUCACAGCUCCCACAGUCACAUGUUUCCUCUGAACCCACUCUGCUCUCGAUGACUCAGUCAGCUGUGUGUGCUGUGUAUGACGAUAUUAGUUAACACAGAUAUCCUCCUCCUCCUCCAGCAUCCUAUGUCAUCAGUUCAUGUAUGUGGUGUGAAUGUAAUGAUGAGUGUAGAGUCACUUUGAGUGGGGGUGAAGCCUAGAAAACCACUAUCUAAGUACAAGUCCUUUACCAUAUACAAAUAUGUAAUCAGGCUGUUUUGGUCAUUUUCUUGUCCAAUAUGUAAAAGCUAUAUUUACCGCUGCUUUAAAGCUGCUAUGAGGAUUUUUUUCACAUUCAUGAAAUAGACUGAAAUUCAUACUGAUGCCUUUUCAUUAUAUCCAGAAGCAAACACGACCAUCAGCACCAAGAUUGACUGUGAUUUAUGAACGAUCAAAAGUGAAGAUGCAUCGAGAUGUCAGCUGCAUUUUGAUAUUAGUAGCUCUAUCAGUCAUUUCCAUGUUCGAGUAGAGUUGAAAGUGAAAUAAUUGUUCAUAAAAUGUGGCAAAGCACAAGGGAAGAGUCGCAUCCUGAGUAAAGGGCAGUUUUUGGAAGUAUAGGGAGAGUAGCAGCAGAGUUGAGGUCAUAUAUGUCCCCAAAUUAGAGCCUGUGAACUUUAACUCAGAGCUGAAAUGAGACCAGACUCAUUACUGCUCUAACCUCUUAGUUAUGGAAACUUGCAAAAAAUAAAAAAACAUCUUUUUAAUGCCGGGAAGGAAGAAGAAAAAAGUCAAAGAAGACACAAAUUCGAGGUUGAAACUAACCCAAAGCAAAGCCAAGCCAACUUAAGUGUCACUGAGAAGUAUAUAUUUUAAAAUAAGCAUGAAACAUCCCUGACCUUGUGUUGAAAAACUUAGUUCCUGUGCAUCAGUAGAAAUGCGGUCAGACUGAGACAGAAGCAGAACUCUGGGCUCCACAUCAGACCAAGAGACCCGGCUUUCACUGCCAGGAUGAUCUUGAGAAGAAGGUCUGUGCACAGCUGCUGCCUCAACCCCAAGAGGGUCUCACAUCUCACGGCCUCAUACAUCCACCAGCCUCUGACACGGCUCUCUAUGCAACUGCCAGCCUGGGAUACGAAGGGGGAAGUAAGAAAGAUUGGACAAUCUUUAUCUUUGGUAUCUUCUUUUUCCUCUCCGACCUCCUCUAUUUGCCUUUUCCAUCCCUCUGACUCCCCCUUUCUCCCCCCCCAGAGUAAACGGGAGGAGGGUGACAGCAGAGCAGGAAAGGCACAUAUGGCGGUCCAGGUCAAAAUAACCACACCUGAUCUGUCCUGCACUGAGUUCCACUCACCCUGCAAAACACACACUCACGCAGCAUUUUAAUGCAUCCCUGUCUACCUCAAUGGAUGGGCAGCCAUUAUUACAACAGCACUGAGUAUGACUCACAGAGCUGGAUGGAGCGACUAUGGAAAAUUGCUCCGUGAGAGGAGUUGCGGGGGGCAAAAAGAAGGGAAUGUCUGUGGAGACGAUAACGCCUGAAAAGGAAUCAAUUUGAGAAUAUUACUUGUAAUCCGUUUGCUGCAAAGAUAUGUGACACAGACGUGCAUGCUCAGAAUAAAAUGAAUUACCCUCAAGCGCCGAACACGGAGGAGAGGUAACAGUGGGUAAAAACGCAGGGGAACACGAGUAUCCGAUUCUUCAUGUUGUCAGAGCUGGAGUGUGAUAGACAAAGAGCUCGUCUAUUACACAGCAAUUACUGUUGAGGUGUUACAGGCGUGAGGCAGAGAGGAUGGAAAAUGAACACUUAGCUGAUGUAGAUAAACAUUACAGCUGGGUGUGUCGUGGCUCCAGAACGCUGUGGACUAACAGGGCGCACAUCUGUCAACACGCCAUGUCCUCAACACAGAUAAGAGCACAACUCCAUCCGUUAUCACCAAAGCUGUGCAAUAGAGGUCACUCCCAUCCUCACUUCAUGCGUGUGUAAAUGUACAUACACACUUCAUAUUUACACAUACUUAACUAUAUUUUAAUUACACAGCUACAUUUUAGUCAGUGUACUCAUUAUUUAGUGACGAAGCUUCUUUUUUUUAAUACUUUUUACUUUUUUAGUAUUCUCUAUUCCAGGAUGUGAGCGCCUCAUUUCUGAUCUUCAUGUUCUAACAUGCUCAUGACUGACAAUAUCCUCUUUUUAAAUCAUAAUUAAUAUAGAUUUAGAAUGUUUUAUUCUAACCUUUAUUCUAAGCAAGUAUAUUCAAGAAACUCGGUAUCAAGUAAAAAGUCCUUCAGGAGAAUCGUCACCGAAAGCUCAUAUUCUUACUCUUGUCCAUCAAAGUGUCAUUGGAAAAUUCAUUUUCUUUCUGAAUCCUGUCUAAAGAAACCAGAGGUGACUGAUUUCCUGUUAAUUUAAACAGAAAUUUAAAUCCUAUUAAAACUCGUCCAGAGGCAAGAGAACAUUUAGAAAAGGUAAACUGCAUCAGGACAGGUUUGCUAACACCAGCAGAGCUAGCACCAGCAGCCUUCAGUCUUUGCAGGUCAUCGCCCACAUGCCUGCAUUAGCUUUACAUUUUUCUGAAUGAAUGUUUAACUGUAAGUUUAACCAGACAUGGCCUUUAUACAACUAGAUCAACUGUGUAUUUGUUUGCAUCCGUUCAGUAGAGCAUUAAAGCAUCAUGGCAUUAGCUAGCAAGCUACAACCCCAGCUAGCGGCAGGUGGCUGCGCUAGAGCUUGGACAUGACUGACGUUUGGACCAACACCAAGGACAGUUAUUGUAAUUUCUUCAACCAACUAAUAAUUCUGUUAAUUCUGAAUAUUAUCCAAAUUUGAAGCUGAAUUGCUCUCGGUAUUUCAGGGAUUUUCUCCACUUCUUGGAGCCACCACUCACACAGUAGCAUCGUAUGCAUUCGGCGGGAGAGUCGCUGUGAUGAUGCCCGGCUCGCAAUAUAUUCUUUUUGUAGGCUGGUCGGGGAAAGUCGCCUCUGAUUGGCUAGUAAAGCUGAAAAUUUCAUCUAGCGCUCAAGCCAAACGCGGGCUGUCAGCUCUGUACAUUGAAGAGAGCAGUACAGAACAUUAUCACACUUCUGAUUCUCCUAACCCUAACCCGACAGAAGAUGACGUUUCACAGCCAUUAGGAAUAACCAAUCGGAGCCCAGCACUUCUGGAGCUGCACAAAAAUGGAGAAAUCAGAGGACUUGAGCACAAACUAGUCUAACAGUAACUCCAUGUCAACAUCACGACCGGGGGGAGAAACAUUUAUAUUCUACCCAUCACCAGAGGGUGCUGUUCUUGCAGUGGCUUCACCCAGCGAGGAGGCAGACGGCGUCCACUCUGUAUACAGUCUAUGGCGCUGACUGACUUACAGGGCUUAAAAGUUUGAGUUUAGUUGACUCAACAAGCACAGUCCUCUUCCUCACUACAUCGUCUGUCUAGACUUCAAAGCGCCUUCACACUCAUCGUCACUUUCACACCACAUUUAUACACUGAGAUGUUAUCAUACUGUCACGCCAAAGUGAGAUGAUUCAAAUGAUCAUCUUGAUAACAGCUGAACAUAAUUUGGAGCAUGUUAGCAUGCUGACAUAGGCUCUUAAACAUCCCUUUAAAACACCUCCACGUUUAAUGAGUUCAAGCUCUGAACUCGAGGACUUUGACUUCUCGUGUUUUUUCAGAGUCCAUUCUUAAACUUCUCAAAGUUAUUUUCCAAAAUAAGUUUUUUUCAAGUCUUCUGAAAUGUGGGUCUUAUUGCGCCUUGCAUUUAAAAAAUUUAAAAGCUGUUAUUGUUAAUCAAAACAUCGAGCCUUUAAUGUGAGAGGCGACGUACUUUGUUUUCCUCGGUAAUGUAUUCAACUGUUAGUUUGCCUGGAUCUCCGCCGGGGUUCUGCUGCUGCCGUCCUCUUUUGCAUGACUUAAUAAAUAAAGCAGCAGAGGGAGGGUCCGGGUGUGAAGUGGUCAGCCCUACUUUGGAUUUCUCCACUGGUGUUGCUCCACUUUGAGACGUCCCCUGUCAUCGUCGUGAUGUGAGAAGUGUGUUAAUCUCCCCCUCCCUCCUUCUCCCUCUCCCUCUGCCUCUCUCUCCCUCCGUCUCGUUUCCUGGCUGUGAAGAGCAGACUCGAGCUUUGGAAAUAAAUCUCAUCAGAAUGGACGCUUGGCUCCCGAUGAUGGGCACUGUGUUGGUUUCAUACAUGCCUGAUGAGCAGCUCAGCUCUCGGCGGGGGGAACACCAGUCAUGGCAUCUCGCCGCCGCCCCGUUGGUCAGUGUGUUGCCUCGUCUCGGCUUCCCUGGGGAGAAAACACACGCUGGGCCUCGUGCUCUUGCUGUUUGAUAUAACAGUGUGCAUUCUGACGCGUUCAUGCGUGUUUACUGCUGCGAGAGGCAGACGUGUGAACUCAGAACAGUCUCACACAGAGCGUUGAAUUCUUGAAAAGACAAAUUGUGUGUGUUGAUGUGUCGGUAUUUACAUGUACAACUUGUAAUUACUUCUACUGACACUGUAAAUGCACUUAAAGGUGUUUUUUUCUCCGCUUAUUCACACAUGAGUGCGGCGCACACUGUUUGAUGGUAAAAGACAGCUUUGGGAUAACACAACACCUUUUGAUUAAUAGCGACACACCUGGGGGAGAUAUAUAGAGCGGGAUUUUGUGCAUGUAAUGAAAUAUUAAAGUGUAAUCCGAGCGACACCAAAUAUCAUAACUCAUGGUGCAGACGGCUGAGAAUGCUCAGGGUCAGCGCCGUGUGAGGACCCUGCCACAGAUGGGUCUGCAGAGGAGGGAUUAGUUUUUAUCAUUUUUUAAUAUCUCCAGCAGGCCUUGUAAUGCAUUAAUUCAGACAUGCAUUGAAUUUAUUGGAGAAAUGGAGGCAGGGUGAGGGCGGGGUGGGGGACGACAUAGGUAACCCAGCUUGAAAUGUGACCCCGUUGGUAAGCCUCGCUGUGCAAUCACGCUGUCUUAAUAAAUAAAAGAUCCUGCAGAAAUCCUCUGGACGUACGAGAAUCUCCAGGAUUUGCUGUUGUUGUUUUUUUUUAAGAAGUCAUGUAAUAUUGGAGCCUUGUUUGCAUUCUUGUUCGUCCUUCCAGGAUUUGCAGAGCUACAUGGGAUGUAUUAUCGAGAUGAAAGGAGGAAAAUAUGCCACGACAAGCUGUUAUUUUGUUGGAUUUGUUUUCUGCAGACUGCUCUCCCUCGACAGAACUUUCUUUAUAUAUUGUUUCCUGGACUGGAGCUUAAUGGAGAGUGGUCAGGAGAUUUCAGCCGAGCAGCGAGCACUCCGCAGAACCAUUUGGUCACAGAUCCCUCGCACUCCUCUCAGUCUAUUCCUCUGUCUUUCUCUCCUGCUGUCUUUCAUCUUACACCUCGCUCACCUGCCACCUGCCCGUCAAAACCUUCACAAUCGAGCUUCUAUCUUCCUCUACGUCGCCCCAUUUCUUCUCUUGCAGGCUCUUUCCACUUCCUCCGCCAGUCAUGCCCGGCCUGCAACUACUUUGCUAGUGUGUCUGAUUAAAAUGUAGCCCUGGAAGAAGUAAAAUAUGUGAGGAGAAUUUCAGAGUUGCAGCGCUCAGUUCCUCCUGCUCUGAUAGAGACGAGGCUCGUGUUUUAUUUUUCUUCCUCCUUCCUCUCCUGGUGCUUUCUGGCUCCGGUCACCAUGUUUCUCUCUGGGUGUUUCUGGAUCAAGACAUGGCAGUUCUUGCUGCUAAAUUAUAUAAAAUCUCUGCUUGGUUUUUUAGUUAAUUAGCCGGAGCAUGAAGAAGCAGGGGGUGGGAUGGGGAGAUUGAUGGCAUGAGUGGAAGGGCUGGUGUGUACGCGGAGGCAGCCAGGGUAGACUUUCCGUCCUUUAACUUGGUCCAACUUGGCCUAGAGGGGGUCAGUUGGGAGGGAGUCUAGGUCAGCUCGGAGGAGGGGGAGGAUGGAGAGUGAGCUGAACUUGAGGCUGUGCGGGUAAAUGUAAUGUCUCACUUUUAAGCUGCCCUCACGUUGGGAAAUCGUGUCAUACCCAUCAUGCAGAGCUAAACUAUCAGGGGUGUCUUAGAGGACCUUUACGCCUUUGAUGUCAUUACAGAGUCUGAACAAGGGGAUUUUACUCCGCAGGGCUGUAGCUGUUAGUGAGGAGGAGGAGGAUGCUGGUAUGUGUUCACUCACAGCGCUCUGUCAUGGCUCUCUUGGCAGUUUCCUUGGAGAGUUAAGGCAGCUGUGGCCUGUUGCACCAGCGCGGUAGAAGUUCUGACAUACGCUGAGGUUUUCACACCAACAUUUGUUGAAAUUUGCUUGUUUGUAACUUAAGUUGUGUGUAUGUUUGAUUGCACAAUGACAAUAAAAGGAUCAUCUUUACAUCCAAACUAGGGCUGGGAGUGAGAGGCUGUCAGUGUCUUCAGAAAUAUUCAUUCGCACUCUCCCUCCCUCUGUCUCUUCUUUGUGCUAUCCUCCUCCAGACUCUGUCUUUCCAUCACUGAACUUUUUUACACACCAAGGCACAGGAUUGUCUCAACGUAAGGCUGCACGAUUUUGGCCAAAAUUAAAAUCCAGAUUUUUUUCUCUGAAAACUUGAUUUUCGAUUUCGGUUUUUAAUCAGUGACAACUUCACCAAACUUCACUUAAAUAAUAAACAGUUAUCAUCUCGCAAAAUGAAACUGCUGAAAACAAUGUGGUGCAUAUGCCAAGCCAGUAAGUGGCGCUGUGACGCUGCACAAGAAAUGAACAAAAGACAGAAGAAGAGUACGGAGCAUGUGUAAAUUAAGGCUGUUUUGGACACGCGCAGCUGCCAAAGAGAUACGCUGUGUGUCACAUGAUCGUUUCUAGAGAUGCAGAUAGACAUCCACACGGAGAUGAAAUGGUCGUCGUUUACGGAUUUAUUCACCCCUGACCCGUUUUCAAAAAGUACUGUUCUCCUGUUGCUGCUAAAAAAGCUACCAGAUAAAAAUAACUUCAGUCAACUGUCUUUAAUUGACUUACAGCAACAAAAAGGUAAAUUAUAACAACGCAUUUCUGUUACUCUAAUACUGUGCUCAUAUAACAGCGGCUUGUGCAGGUUUUUCAACUCAUGCAGGGGUGGCACGACAUAUCUCCACUUGCAUCUGCUUUAAUUGCAAAAAUUAAGUAUCACUCAGAUGUUAUAUUCUUGCGAAUCGCUUAUUUGAAAGAGUAACUUAAUUCUCCCCAUUUAAAAAAGACCCUAAAAUAAAUUCAAAGGUAGAGAGGGAAAGAAAUCUUCUAAAGUUUAUUCUUCAUCAACUUAAAAAGAUGUUUUUUCCAAGUCCAAAAAUUAAAAGCAACCUAAUGCACACCAUCCACCAUCUGUCAUUAACAGGGUUUUUGGCAACUUUUCAGUACCAAUUUUUGAAGGUCUGAUUGCCAUCCUUCACAUCUGUUUCAUGAAAUAAUGAUUUGAUGUAUUUUUCUACAAUGUCAGGAGAAAAUUUGCUCUAAAAGUUGUAGCAGUUUCUUGCAACACGUCCAAGACAGGUGAUUUGAACAUCAGUCUGGCUCAUUAGAUUUAAGGAGGAGCUCACACCACCUUGUGCUCCAUUUGAACAUCAAUUAUGUGCAGAUCAGAAUAUCUCUGUUUGUGCAGAGAAUCAGUCUGCUGCAGAGAACUUGUUACUGCACACCAGUCAGAAAAACCUUCUGCCACUUCUUGUUCUUCAAGUUAUUCAGACUCCAGUUAUUCUGUCUCAAGCUGAUGAGUCAAUAUGAGAACCGAAGACAAAGAAGAAGUUCUAAAAUCUGCAGUUUCCUAAAUGCCCACUAGGGGUAGAGCUGAGUAAAACAGGUAAAAAUAAAAUCAGUGUUUUGUUUUUUUUUUUUUUUAACAAACUCAAUUUACCAUAUUAUAAAAAGUUUAUCCGUAAAAAAUGAAACUUCUAUUUUUGUUAAUUUUAACAUAUUUACAGACGCAUAUUAAUCAAUUUAAUCGAUUAUUACACAGCUCUACCACAUACACACCCGUUUUGGAAAGCUGACAUUAACAGUAAAAACACAAAUGUUUACAGCAGGAUUAAAAAUAAUGUCUGUUUGUGUGGCCCAUGUCUUUAUUCACAUACACUUUAUACACUUUACUUUUCAUUUUAAAGACAUAAAGCAUCACAGACACAGCUGACUUGACUGAUAGCUGAGCUCACUGUGGCUGGAAGGCUGAAGGUCCACCUCAACUCCACCUCUUUUCCUCUUAGUAGACUGAUUAAAUAUAAGUUUUACUCAGUAUUUUCAACAUGGCUACUGCUGAAAACUCUAACAAAAAGGGUGAUGUCACUCAGACUACAUCCAUGUUUACACAGUCUGUAUCCACGACAACCAGUGUUUUGCAGAGGACUUCUCACCUACUCAGUGCUAGGUGCAAAAUGUAAGCUGUAACUUUUGCCAAAUGGAAACUAUCUAAGCAGCUGCAACUCUACAAAUGGUAGCAGAGCGUGAUUUAGAUGUUAUGAAUUGUAAAUGCAAAAAUGUGUUGUUUUGAAAAAGAGAUUUCAGAUAUGAUCAAAACUGUCUUUACUUUUUGAUUAAGAUAUAUGAAACAGUUUCAGGAAAUACUGAAUAAAUUAUAUCGGAGCUACUUUGUAAAACUCCUUCUUCCUUCAAAGCUUUAAAGAACAGAAAAAAACUGCAAAUAUUUCAACACUUUUAACUAAAAACCCUCUGAAUGAAACACGAGGUUCUUAUUCGCAUUCAGUCCCCAGCCUUGGUACGGAUAAUUGGAACUACAGUCCUUGUCACUCACAGCUGGAUCGCACACGCUCAUACCCAAAAUCAGAAAGACCUUUCUGUGUGUGUCAGUAUGUGGUCAGAGCAGCACAGAUGGAAACCAGUUUCCUGAAGCCUGAGUUCACUUUGCUCACCAGAUGUCACCCUCCCCUCGGCAAACUCUUGGACCAGACCCCGACCUGCAUGUAGCGACAUGACCAGCCAGUGACAGAGACAUAAUGUGGCAUCGAGAGAAAACGCCAGACAGAGUAUGAGGACCUGGAAGUGACAGACAAAGAGACAGACGGAGAAAAUGACAUAUGUUUCACAGCAAGAGGGUGGAUAUCUGCAGGGAGGCGAGUGUUUAUAUGUUCACCUGAUACGGUGAACGAUGUAAUGUAAAGUAAACAAAGAGAGAAACAAACAAGGGCAUGCAAAACAAACUCUCCUCAUGGCUCUAGGUAGAGAAGGUGGCAGCAGUGUUACCUUAAACUGUCACUGUCAGUGGCUGUAAGGAAAUAAGUUGCAUGAGUAAGAGCGUGAAGUUCAACUAACUCCAGUUUAAGGAUGAGUAGACUGAUCGCUUCAAUGGCUUAAGUUAAUUUGCAGACGCUGUGAUCCAUUUGACUCAUCCUGUACACUCAACAGGACUGUAAAAGACUUCAUUGCUGUCAUUCUCUUUUGGAAACAAGCUGUCUGACCCAAUUUUAGUGAUUUCUGGAUUUAAAAUCCUACUCCAGGAGACAGAUUUACUUUAAAAUUCAUUAGAAGUGUUAUAUUAGAUAUUUUUUGCCUUCAUUACAGUGUGUCUGUUUGCAGCUGAGACACAGCUGUUACUCUGUUUACAGAGAUUUUGAACGUUUUUCUUUGCUGUCAUAUUUCCAACAAGCAAAAAUGUUCCUGAUUUUUCAGAGACACUUAAAAUAUGGGAAAGUCGAUUUAAACAGAUGUCCAAUAUAAUGUAGUAAAUUAUACAGCUGUGCAGUGACCUCAUGCGGCGACUUUCAACAGCAGAUAAUAAGACUGCAUAUAUACUGACUCACUUGGGAUUUCCACCACAUCCAGAACAGCUCUGAUCUGGAACAGCGGCGAUUUUCGCCGUACGCCACCGGAUCUGUUUGUGAGGCGCAUUUCGUGGCCAAUUGUGCACAGCAGGAAUCGUGAGAACUCACAAGAACCUGCAGAUUCACGUGCAAUCAUGCGAUGACAAGUUGUCUUUAGCCACAGAGGCUAACCAUAUAAGCAUUAGAUUGUGUCCUUCUAGAGGAGGAGAUCUACAUCUGGACUUCUAAAAUCAGCAUCCUCUCAUCCAUGGUGUCAUCGGAAUGAAAUGCUGUCUAUAAACCUUUCACUUGUUCAUCCCCGCCCGUUUGCAUGGUGUAAAUGAUCCGCCUGAAACACAGAGUGUUUUAUCUUGAAAAGAGGCCAGAUGUUUUAUUUUGUGUCUGUGCCUGACUUUCUUUCCAGCACGGGUUAAUCUGUGCUGAAUUUAUCCGUCUCUGGCAUUCGGAAAAAAUACAACACUUGCGAUCAGGUGUGGAGUCCGGUGAUCCCAAGGGAACAGAAAGAAGCAGGUGGAAAAUGACAGAUUAACUUGAAUCAGCUAUGAUCGGUGGAUAUGGUCUUUUCGUAGUUGUUCCAGAUGCGAUGGAAAUUGGGGGUCAAUAGAGUGACCAUAUUCAGAAUCCUCAAAAAGAGGACACUACAGAGUCCCGGAGUCUUCUAACUCCAUGCUAGUCCACGCUACACAAACUUCAAACUUCCAUACAAAACCUCGGACAUUUGAGGGAUUUUAUAAACUCCCCCGGACAAGGCCGGACAGCCCCCAAAAAAGAGGACAUGUACGGUCACCCUAUUGCUCAACCACUGAACCAACCAUUCCCGGCAAACAACGAUAGCCUUCACGCUAGCUCUCUGUUAGCGUGCAGGUAUAUCUUAGAUCAGGAAGCUAAACAAGCAACCAACACCUUACAAUGUUUUCAAACGUCAGCACAUCAGUUUCAAAGUUAAAAAGCACUGUACCUGCUCUUGUGUUGUUAGAGUUAAAGCGCACUUACAUGCUACAUCAAGGUGGCAACUAUUAAACACUGAAUUCUGGUUCACGCUCUUCAAAUUAGCGUCGACUGUGUCAAAGCUCUUGAGGAACUUUCAGGUUUCUGUCAAUUUUGGCUCCCCGAGUGCACAAAGAAGUUUCUGCUUAUCUUGUCCUCUACAUGUUUAAGUUGCGUUCCCUGAAAUAAAAUCUCAUCCCUCAUCCUGCAGACUUUUGACUGUGAAAUGUGGCACUUAGUUCGGGUAAAUAUUGAGAGAAGGAAGAACCAGCAGUGCAGGUUUAGGAAGCUGCUUGCAUCUUUUUUAGUGCUCCCCUCCUCUGCUUUGUUAUCUUCAGCGGUAUCCCGACUCUUCUUGUUUUCUAGGUGUUCAUUUCCUCCAUAUUUUUUCUCUGUCAGUGUGAGGUUAGAUGUUUUCUUGUAGUUGAGAUAAGGAGCCCAGUGUGAGCUCAUGUCUUGCUACAUCAGACAGCGGUGUACUCAGAGGCCAGCAUCGUGUCCUGAUGGCCUGCUGAGCCACAUAAAUCAAACACAUGCAACCACAAGGACAGAAAGAAAGAGAUUAAAAAAGAUCUCUUGGAGAGAUUGACUACCUUGUUGCCUUGUAAAAUAGAAGUGUUAAAAAAAUAAAAACAUACCAGUGUAUACGUAGCCCGGUAUCAAAGCCCGCCUGUGCAGACCUUGAGCGAGUAAACCAUGACUUCAAAAGCAACUCGCACCCACGAUUUACGACACAGUUUACAAUCCUGACAUCAUUCUUGAGAGUCAUUUGAAGACUUAACCUUAGAGUAAUAUUAAAAAUAUGAUGUGUCCACAAAUUUUGCUCCUGUAUGAUCGUCCGCCUCAAGGUUUAUCUCAAAACCUCAUCAGACAAAGCAAUUUGUAUUUAACUGCACGUGCGUUAUUGGGGGAUUGGAGACAACUGAAGAGAGAUUAAAAUGAGAUUUGUAAAUGAAUGUAGCUGAUAGAUGUUUUCUGUGAUUUUAUCAGGUGUUUAAUCCACGAGGUCAGAGCUCCAACAAGCCUCCCUGUGCCACUCAUAUCAAUUCUGUAAUAGACGUUUCACCGUCUUUUUCAUUUCUCUAUCACCUGCUGCAUUUGUUAAUAUUUUUUUUGCAGGAUAAGGAUUAAAAAGGCUUAAAUAUUGUAUUUUUGAACAGUGGUAAAUCCGGCUGUUUGUGCCCGUCGUAGCAGCCCAAACACCUCUGUUCGCUUCUUUGUGCACAUUUCCCUCCACAAUGAUUUCUAUUCUGGUAAGGAUUGAUUUUCAUCUGCGAUAACAAAUGUUCUUUGUUGAGAUAUCAACACACCCUCCCGUUUUCAUUUACCACAUGAGAUGUAGCAAAGAUUGGAUUCUGCUGCCAAAUGGUGUGGUUAAUGAUUUCAUUCUUGUUCUUCAUUGAGAUAUCAAACCUCAACGUGUCCUCGUUUUUAUUGUUGUAAAGGAGAUUACAAUCUGUCGUCAAAUAAUUCAAUACUUGUUUUGCAGAUCAGCUAAGAAUGUCAUGCUCGAUAAAGAGAUGUCAAUCCCUAAAGACCCAGAUGUUUCUUACAUGUAUGUGCAGUUUGGAAUUUGUUGUGGACGAGUCGCUGGAGUUUUAUUUUCCUGUCGCUGCCAUCAAACUAACGGGAGACUGAUUUGACUGGCACUAUCUUAACUCAGGAUGUUACCUAGCAUUAUAUCCUCUACCAUCUGGAUGUAAACAAGCACAGAUGACACAAUUUGGCUGAGUUUUGAACCUGAAAAUGGAGAUAAAGUUGUAAAGUGAUGGGUGAUACAAGCGUGAACAAUAACCUGCCUUUAGGACUGAAGGCUGGUGGUGGGAGUUCUGCUCCGCUCAGUAGUGUUUACCCGUGGGCUCGUGUUUUCAUCUUCCACUGAUCUGUGAGGUUUCUCUCACUUUCAACUCAGUCUAUCUGAGUUUUCAACAACUCAGAAAUUAGACACACCAGAAUAGGACUGUUGGGAUAUACCGGUAUUGAAAAUAACCGCUUUUAUUAAAACAUAAAAUAUUGAUAUUGUGAAUCCAAAAAAAGAGUUAGAGCUUGUGCUUUUUUGGGCUGAUAUUCAACUGAACAUUUACACUUUCUGACUUUUCUCCAUACUGUUUUUAUUCAGUUCUGUAAAAUCAGCAAACAGGAAAUGAAACAGCUGAAACCCAAGAUUUAAAGGUGUCACAAUAAAAGCAUGGGGAAGGGUUUUCCCCUGAGAUAAAUCUUUAAUUUGAAUGUUAUUAGAAAUGGAUGAUGACAUGCAGGUUAAUUGCUUUUAUGAAGUAAUAUGUUGCUCUACCUUUGUCUAGUCGUCUUACCCAAAUUAACAGAUUGUUUGGUUUUAUUUUGAAGUUUUUUGAUCGAUACCACCAAUUGCGCAGUAGCAUUGUAUGCAUUUGGCAGGAGAGUCACUGUGAUGACGCUCAGCUCAAACAUCGUAUCCCCCAACUGAGCUACGUAAUCUUCAUACGCCCAUAGGCUGCAUCAGAUGUCAAUCAUAGAAAACAUGAACCCCUAAUAACUUUUAAAAAUGGAGCUGCACAGAAAACAGAGGACUUGAACACAAACCAGUCUUACAAUAACUACAUGUCAACAUCGCAACCAGGGGGGAGAAAAAUUUAAAACGUGUAAUUAAUUUCCAAAGUUUGUCAACAGCCUCAUAAGCUUUGCUGGCGGGGGCGGGAUUUAUGACCUAUACUGCAGCCCGUCACCAGAGGGUGCUGUUCUCAUGGUGGCUCCACCCAGCGAGAAGUUAGACGGCGUUCAUUCUAUAUACAGUCUAUGUUUGGUUCUCAGUGAAAUAUUACGGGCCUUUAGAAACAUACGAAUAAAUCACCAAUUUUGAAAUCCUGAAAUUUGCGCAUAAGGCACUGUUAGUCCAGAUGCAUUCAACUGUUUUCCAGUCUGUGCAAAAGAAUAAACAUCAUACACACAUGUGGUUAAGGCUGUUUUGGCAGCAUUUUGAUAACCGCCUUGUUCGACAGUCAUCAAAUAAGACUUCAAAAAAGGACAAAUCUUUCCUCUGAUGGUUCUUUUACACAUUAUUGAGAGUCAUCAGUUAUAGUUUUAGUCUGCACCAUUACCAACCAAAAACUCCUCCCAGAAGCUGAAAGGAGACACUGGGAGAAUACAUUUGUAGUGCUGUUGAGUGGAGAUAAAAUUAGCUCGUCAUCAUCACGAGUGGGUUCACUAAUGUUAUGCAGUGGCUGGCUUAGCAGACAGUUUUGUCACUUCGGUUUGUCAUCAAUUCAGAUUUAGUCCCCUGCUUUUUCUCCCCUCAGUUUACUGUGCUCACUCUACGUGCUCCAUGAAGGAGAUUUUCAGGAAUGAAACAGUAGAAAUCUGCUCCUUUUACCCCACAGUGUUCAAACAGAUUCAUUAUAAACAGCUAAAUGAAUAAAAUAUUCCAGGAGGCUUCUGCUUGACUCAUGAGUAAGAUCUCUACAAACAUGAUGACACUUUUUCAAGACCAGCAGUGAAGCUUUAACUCUGCUGUUAUUGACGGUUACUAAGGAGUUUCACAUUGCUCUCACUUGGUCUUCUUCUUUUCAGUGUGCUGAGAUGAAGGUUAGUUCAGAGCCCAGAACCAAACUCUGUAUUUUAAAGUAGUUGGAUCACUCCCAGAUUUAUCCACUUUAGCUUCAUGAAAAAAACGGUCGAGGUCAUUCAACAGCCUCACAGGUCACCGUGGAAAAAAAAGUCCCUCAUGUCUUGAUUUUAUUUUUGGAGAAAUUUCCACCGAGCUGAAUCAGGAUGAUACUCUCAGCUUUGGCUUCUUUUCAGUGAUAAAUUUACUGUGCGUGGUUCUUAAAAACUUCAAUUCAGUUUAUUUUUAAUCACCAACAAUCUGUGGUGGUCCUGUCUUCUAGUGCAGUUGUUCCCAAAUUUUUCAGCUCAGGACCCCGCUCAACUGGAAAUGACUGUAACAUGAGAAACUGAUCACACAGGAUGCACACACUAAGAACAAAACUAAAGUGGCUGCAACUUUUGUUAAGUUAUUCUUUCAUUUGAUUUUAUUUAAACUGUCCAUUUUCUGCUUUAGCGAGGUAAAUUUCUCCACUGUGGGGCAGUAAAGGAGUAUUUAAGGAUAUCUAAAUAAGAUGAAACUACUAUUUUUUUACUGUUGUUAUUGAUAAUGUCAUUAUUACUAUUUUUUUUACCAAUAACAACAAUAAUAACUUAGACAUAAUGUUUCAUUUUUGUUUUUUCAAGUGUUUUGUUUUGAGCGGUUAAGUUAGCAAAGUAGAAAAGCGCAUAAAUGUACAUCAUCGACAUGACCUGAGACUGGCAAAUGACACUGUCCUUAAUCUGUCUGAUCACUGUGCGGUCAUCAUUUCUUGUCCUCCUAUUUAGGAACCCCUGGUCUCGUGAACAGCUCCACAAAGACCAUAAACAAUAGGCUGGGACGAUGUGCUUUUCUCCCGAUUUGAUUCUUCUAAGAUCUUUUGGAUGCCGAUUUGACUUAAACUGCGAUUUUACGAUAUUGUCGAUUGUUAGUCUGCAUUUUUAACACCAGUGAAACAGUUGAAUGAUUAUGAUUGUCUACUGACUCUUCCAGGAACCAUAUUUCCCCCAAAAAUACACAUCACAUGUAAGUCAAUUUUUAAGAUUUAUUCUUAAAUUUGAAAACAAAAAAAUCGAAUUUUGAACAUACAAAUCAAUUUAAAAAUUGUAAAACAAAAGUUCCCGAUCUUUCCUUCCACCCCUAAUAAAUAAGCUGUAAUGUCAGAGUCAAAUGUGAUGAUUUUGUCAGAAACGCUCCGCUGUUAUCCUGAAGCUGCUGGAAAAAACACCAGAGGGUUUAUGAUUUCUGUUUGAGGUGAGACGUUAAAACAGCUGGAUGACACUUGAUGGAACUAGACAAGGAAAUCCAUUUCCCAUCACAGUCUUGUAACUUUAAUGUUAGAUUUCCCCGAAGUAGUGUACCCAGAACUUCACACGUGCAUUUUACCCACCAGUUUACACUCAGAGUGCAGUCUGCUAAAAACCUGGAGCAUCAUUAUCCAUAAAAACUUUAAAGAUUUCCCAGUAGCACCAUAUCUAAGUAAGGCUGGCUUUAGAAGGUAGUUUCUAUGAAAUAUACUCCACUGAUAUUCACUUUAUAUAAAUGCGUCUUUCUAUUUUCCCCUCCCCUUUGCACACCCACAAUACCCAAAAGACAAAAUUAUAGACCCAGGUCACUAGAGAAGAAACAUCCAGGACUGUUUUUCUCUUCAAAGAAACAGAAACAGGAACAUUUAGAUCUAAAAAGACAUUAUUACUUUAUGCUUCUGGCACAUAAAAAAAUCCAUUAAGCUGUAAAGGUGAGUGACACCUCAGCUGCAGAUAUCUGAAAACCUGAGCAUAUUACAGCAAAUGUUUUGCAUGUCUUAAUCCUAUUAAGGUGCCGGGAGGAUACAGAAAAUACCUUUUGGGGGAGGAUUAGGGUGAAUUGAGCCAAAAUGAAACAUCAUAUUUUCUUUACAUUUACCAAAAAGUGCAUUUUUGAGCUUCGAAAUGUAAACGCUGUCUAUAAAUUUGAGGGAAUUGUGGUUCAAGGGAUGAUGACUUUGGUUAAAAACAAUCAGACAUUGAAAAAUAAAAGUAAAAGGUGUUCAAAAUACAAUACACUGUAUAGUAGGGUGGACAGAAUAACUAUUUUUCCACAGUGGGUGCUGCUGUAUGGCUAGAAGUUUCUGUUUUCUGUCCUGAAAGCUCCACGGUGAAAGAUGCAUAAUGUCAUUACUGAUUCAGUCGGCAGAGGGGGAUGUCAGGAAGGAUGGAGGGAGUGCAGAAAGAGAAGGAGGGCGUAAAAAAAAAAAAUCUCAGCCAAAAUUAAAAAAUGCCACAAAAUGAAAUAAAGAUGAGUGCUCCACUGAGCCACAGACUGAAUAUAAAAGACAAUCCCGUGAAAUAUACAUGGCUGCCGGGGGAGUCGAACUGAAUGCUAAGCUCCAAACUCUACCUGUAACUCACAAUCCGGGCCCAGAUCCUGAGCCCGCUGAUCGGUCCCCAACAUUUAGGGAUCUAACCAAUCGCUGAGAUCUGUCCAACGGAGCGGCUCCCUGCUCACCUUGGCAACAAGAGACAGGGAGACAUGUAGGGGAAGAAACCAUCGCUCAUAUUUAAUAAGAUUUGGUGUUAUUUUUCCCUGUCUGUAAUGCCUUUAUUAUUGCACAUUGGCUUAGCAGUGAAAGCUAUUGAUUGUGAGCCAGAGCCCCAACUGGGACUGACGAGAAGGAGACAGAGAUGGAAGGUGUGGGCUGAUACCAGCAGGUGAUUUGUGUGCAUUUUUUAAAAAAUAUGUUUUUUCCCCCGCCAAGUAAGGUGUUAUUUUCCAGCAUACUUGACUCAAACGAACACGGUGCAUUUAUUUAUUCCAAAAAAAUCAAAGCAACUGCACUUCAGUCGCUGACAAACUACCUCUGGGACGCUUUCGUAACGAGACCUGGGAUAUAGAGACAAUCAGACAAGAGCUAUUGGUGUGUGGUGCGUGUAACAAUAUGACUAAAAAAUGUUAGAAAAAAUGCAGUGUCAUCCAGGAGAGAAGAUCCUCGGAGAGAAAGACAAAAAAGGAAACGUUUGGAAAGUAUUGCAGUUGAUUUAAAGUCUAAAGAGGAAACAGAGAAGUAUAACAGAUGUUUCUUGGCGACUUCGCUUUGUGGAAAGUGUUCAAGUUUGUUUGGAUGAAAUAAGGAGCUGUUUUGGAUCUUAUUUUCUUGCAAUUAAAGGAAUAGUACACGCUUUUUAAGAAGGUGAAGGUCUUAUCUUUAGUUAUUAGUCAAUGAUCAGCAUUAUUAUUUUGUGAAGAUGGCUCAAGAACUGAUUCAGAAUGGACCACCAUGCUCUUAAAAAAGCGCCCUUAAAGGGGGAAUUAGGGACAGUUGGAUGGGGCCUCAUUACCACAGACUUUAGUUUUUUGUUUUUUUUUUUUUUUUUUUCUUUGCUUGUUAAUUGAAAAUAAUCGUUUCAGUUCAAAUCCCAACUCCACUUUUGAAUAACCAUCCAUUUAACCAUUUGCUUCCUCUUAUCUGGGGUUGGGUUGUGGGCAAAGCAGUUGAAGUUAACAAGAUCCUUCAGACAUGCACUAACUGAGGACAAAAGGUCAAAGUGUGCCGACAGAGCAGCAGUACGGUCAGUCAAGGGAAUUAGGUGCCUUGCUCGAGGGCCCCUUGACAGUGAGCUGACGACUUUGCAACUACCAUCUUAAUUUCCAAACUUAAGUCUAAUCUGGACUUGCCAUUGUGGUAUUUAACCCCUUGUUGGCUCUGUAUUCAAACAUGCAAUACCAGGUCGCGAACAUUUUUUUUUGUAUGUUGGUAGGGGAGGGUCCAGCCUCCUUCUCCUCUGAUUGGCUAGAAGUGCUGGGCUCCUAUUUGUUAUUCCUUAUGGCUGUAAAACGUCAUCAUCAUCUGUCGGGUUAGGGUUAGGAGAUUCAGAAGCGUGAUAAUGUUCUGUAAUGUUCUGUUCGAUGUACAGAGCCGACAGCCCAUUUUGGGGAGAAAUCUUGAAUGUAAACAUUACCCCUCCCAACCCGUUACUCCGCCAGAGUCUCCAGUAUUUACUUCAUUUUCUUGCUUGUGUUGGCAUUCGUGGCCAAAGGAGGAUUCAGACAAUUUUCAGAACUUUCUGGUUGGUUUCUACUGUCCGAUAUUGUAGCACACUAACUUUGUUUGGGCUUGUGAACAACUCGGGGGAGCAGUGUCUGCCUCACAACCAAUCAGGUUGGGGAGGCGGGGAAUGGCUUUGUUUACAGCCAGAAAGAGCGGGCCGCUCAAAAAAUUGUAAAUGUUGACUAAACCGACAUAACAGAACACAGAUAUUGUUAUAUUUCCAAAUGUCAUCAGUAACUUACAGCUACUGACUGAUAUUAAAAGCUUUUUUGUAUAUACACCACAACAAAAGAUGCUUCUUUAACGGAUUCCUGCCUACUCCACCAUUAAUUUGUAUGCGCAAAAAAACUGGUGAGAAAAUUUUGUGAAUACUUCCUUUGAAACCAUUAAAAAAUACCAGUAGGAUUGUUUGAAAGUGUCUGAAGUGCUGUUUCAUUUUGGCUCCAUUAGCAGUACAUAUACACGUCUCAGCUUUUGUAUAUAAACUUCAUUGAGCCUUUCAAAAGGGGACAUGCCAAAUGCUAUCUACUGUAUACACUUAUUAUUGAUAAGAAUCCACACCCACUAUCGCUGAACUAAACUCUUAAGAACACGUGUAAUUCAUUUAAAGUAUGUUAGUCUAACCUGACCAAAACUGAUAAAAGAGGUGGAGAAGAAAGAUGUAUGAAGAUGAGUGAGUGAUCAUGUCCAUGUUCCUAUUCUUAGCGCUGCAGUGGAGGGAGCACGACUAAUGAUGCUUCCUAACCUCGAUGCCUAGCACUCAAGGUCAGCUCUGCACUGAUGCAUUGUGGGCAAGGUGUCCCGGGCCGCUGAGGAGCACUGCCAGAUUGAGUUUGUUGUGUUGUUGUGGUUUCUGUGACUUUGCCCCAGAAUUUAUCACCGAGGUUUGCUGAAAGAAUAACAGAUACAAUCGCAGAACAAGCAAUUUAUUCAGCAGAGCGCACAGAGGGGGGGGAACUACAAGCUCUUGUCCUGCGAGUUACACACUCCAUUUUUCAGAGCGGUUUCAAGUUAUGCUCUGAUAAUUCUACACUAAUGUGACUAGAAAGUGAAAGACUGCGGGACUUUCAAAGGCAUCGGCUUAGGAUUGAUUCACCUAGUUAGUUUUAAUUUUGGUCUUAUUCACAUGGCUGCAUUAUGACUUUGAGCUAAAUUUCUUAUGUUUAAAGCUCCUGUGAGGUUUUUUAUAGGCUGAUGUUCAUGUUGAUGCCUUUUUAUGAUAUCAAAAAGCAAGAAAAACAAUUGGUGACAAAAUUGACGAUGUUUAUACUGUCAUUUUUGAUGCUGUAAGCCUGUGUGAGGGGGUAGGUGUCAGCUGAGCAGUUUCCAAGCAGAACAUCCACACUUAAAUAUACAUUUGACUGUCAAAAGUCAGCAGGGUGAGAUAUUUUGUCAAAAGACAUUAAUUAAGCAAGUAGAAGACAAGAAAGACUAGUCCAUGAAGGCGCCAAAGUUGGUGUAGACUGAAAGUUCCUCAUAGGAGCUUUAUAGGUGAGUCAACUAAAGUCUUGUUCACCUUGUCUUACAUUCAGGGCUUUAUAUGAGGGUUCGAAUCAUUGGUUGUAUAGAACAUGAAUAUGAAGCCUGCUAUUGGCCGUCGCCAUGGAAGAAAUGCUGACUCGACACAAAUUCCGAUCAGUCUAGAGCAGGGGUGGGCAAUCAUGUGCCAUGGAGGGCCGAGAGGCUGCAGGUUUUCUUUCCAACCUGAAACUCCACCAGGUGAGUUCACUGAUUAGUCCUUGCUCUCUGCUUAGAGGUAAUCAGUGAAAUCACCUGGUGGAGUUUUGGGUUGGAAAGAAAACCUGCAGCCUCUCGGCCCUCCAUGGCACAUGAUUGCCCACCCCUGGUCUAGAGAGAGGUGGAGGUAAACUGAGCCUUUAGCCUCCUCACUUUAAUGCAUCAUAAAUAACUUAUAAUGAUAAUAUUAUCUCACCAGCAGCUUAAGUACGCCCACCCUUCAAUAAAGUUAACCACACUCCUAAACAUGGAAAACAAGGCAGCAAACAUGUGAAUUUGUGCUGUAAAAAAUUGGCUUUUUUAAAGGGGUCAGCAUGUAUCGUGCCCUCCGAGGAUUACUUUCAGGACAUAACUCAUCAUUGCUUAGCCCCACAAAUGAGAAUUGUAUGGAUUUUAAAUUGUACAUUUCCGUGGGCCACUCUGCGCGUUUUGUGAGGUGCACGCAAUUCUCAGCAGGCAUGUGGCACAAGAGAAAACCACUGAAAAUGAAAACUUGUUGCCAAAAAGAAAAGGAAAGUCAGUUAUCUGGAAUUAUUUCGGUUAAAAGAAGGAUGAUGUCGACCAAAACACACGUUCUGUGUUUAUCUGUCACCACAAUAACGUCCCAGCACAAUAAAAGGUGAAAAUAUCUCUGAGACAGACAGAAGCCAUUCUACUAACAUUCACAAAAAGAGGUCAGAUCAGUGCAGGUUAACUUUCCACAAGAUUUCAGCAGCGCAGCAUAACAUUAAAUGCUAUUCAGGUCAUCUGGUGAAAAUUCCUGUAUUUUUUAAUAUCGUAAUAUAUAUCGCAGGGUUGAAAAAAAUUGCAAUGUUAGUUUUUUCCAAUACCGCGCAGCCUUAGUGUGAUUACCAAAUAUUUAUGCCAGUCUUGUAUAUGAAGAGGGUUUGAGGAAAAAACUUAAACCCUGAAGAGUUUUUUUUUUUAAAUCCUCCACAUUCAUUCAGGAUGAUACACUAAUUCACAACCAGGGAGCUCACUCCGACGCUGUGACUCGAUUACGACCCACAGCCCAUAUUCAUUCUGCGUCUGAUUCUAACCAAACAUGAGCGGCGAAUAAUGCCCCUUUUCUCUCAUUGACAAAUUAGAAACGGGUUUUGUUUGCGAACCUCUUGUCGAGUGUUUUCUCACCUGUCAUUGCACAGGAGAGGGUGAACAAAGACAAAAAAGAGAUUUUAAGAAAAGGAUAGAACAAAGAAGAAGAAGAAGAAACAGAAGAGGAGGAUGGGACCAGAAGGAAGGCUAAACGUUGAGUAAGGGAAGGCAGCGGCAGAGUCGGCCCCUCACUCGGAUCAUUAAUUUGUGUUCUAAUUAGCAGGAAUGCCACAGUUGGAAUGUGAUGCCGGCAAAGGACGAGGAGCGGGUGUGAGUGUGUGUGUGUGUCCUGUGCCUGUGACCUGCCGUGUCUCCAAGUCUCCUGGCUUGUUAGAAAUGACAGAUUGACGCUCCCAUGUACCCCCCCCAUCCACCAGGCCCACCCGACUCCCCGACCCAACCCACCCAUCUGCUCUGGAAUCACGCCAGAUCCUCAGACCUGUGUCGUGUCAGCGCCGUGUUGGCGCGUGUGUAUUUGAACGCGUGUCAGUUUGGUCAUGUAGGUCUAGUUGGACGUCUUGGAGUUUAAAAAUUUUCCAAUCAUGCUUUUGUUGCUGUUGUUUAUCGUUCUGCCAAGGCCGAGCUGUUUCGCUAGAUUUGAGCUGUUUUGCCCUUUGUGUGCACACUGUUCAAACUGAAAAAUACCGUGUCUUGUUUCUUUGCUUUAGACGCACAUAAGAAGUCCUCAGAUUCAAGUUUACAAAAGACCAUUUUCCAGCAGAGAGAAACUCUGAAUCCAGCAGAGACUCGGUGAGAUUUGCAGCGUCUAACUGUCUAAAGAGUUCUGUGAAAGUGCCAGCAUUGACUUCUCAGGUCACUAUUCAUUUCCUGUGUUUUCUCUCCUCAUUGUGGAUAAACUGUUUCAGCCGAGCUUUUCAUCAGCUGUCCCCUGAUUCUUUUAAAGACCCAGACGGUGCAGCGAGCCUCGAGCCUCCCCAGGGCCUGAAAACAUUCAUUUAGAUAGUGCCAAUAUCCAAUCUUCCAAUACGUUUCUUCUGGACAUGUCUUUAAGAAAAAAAAAACAGAGAGAGAAAUGUAUCAGCGUUGAUAUCCUUUGGUCAGUGACAUCACAUUUAUAAAAGCUGCGAGUGUGUGUGUUUGUGUUUGUGUGUGUGUGUUUACUGAAGCUAUUCCAGUAAAGCGUCUAGCCCAGGGACAGAGGAGAGCUGCCCUACGCGGUAAUUGAACCACAGAUCCUGCUGGACUAUUAGUCACAAGUCUCAGUCUGCCCACAGACUUUUAUCGCUGUUGAAUCAACAUGAGCGGAGAGAGCCAGAGCAGGUCAGUGUUACAAACGGGCCUUUCAUAGCAGGGCCGCAAUUUUACUUUAUACAAAUCUGCUGCUGCUGCUGCUGCUGCUGCAGGCUCUCUGAGACCUGAGAGGAAACUAUUUUUUCACGCUGUCUCACAAAACUGGUGUUGGCUUAAAAAGCAAUGAGACCAUCAUUUGUUGGCUGCCAGAGAUCUACUGAAAGGAUUAUCUACAGUUUUAACAAAGUGAUUGCUAUUGUUUCAGGACAUUUUACUUUCCUUUGUGUAUACCGUGAUCUGAAUACACCGUGGAAAAGGAACUGGGCAGUGAGGAGUAAAAACAACUCAAAGUUUCACACAGUCACUCACUGGUUGAGGGUAACCCCACUUCUUUCUGUAGUUUUGCACAGACACAAGUUAGAUAUGUGAUAUAAUAGUAGAUAUAAUAUUAUUAGUAUUUCUGUGUCACUUCAUUAGAGCUACCUCGAUUACUAAACAAGAAUAUCAUCUGGCAAAGCUUAUGUUGGCAGUAGGGCUGGGCGAUAAAACGAUAAUGAUAAAUAUCAAAAAUUAAAUUUCCUUCUGUAGCAAUAUGAAACAUGGUCAAUAUGCUUUUCAGCAGCCGGCAUUCUGCCAUGUUUUGGUAGACUUGAAAAAAGACUAGAAAAAUGAAAAGUUGCUCCGGGUCGCGCCACGCUGAUCCAAUCAUGUGCCAAAUUAGAACCAAGUAGUCUAUUUAAAUUACAUUUAAAAGUAACAGGGAGCAUUUAAGAUUGACAAGUGAUUUUUAAUAUCGUGAUAUAUAUCGAUAUUGACUGAUAUGAAAAAAUAUAUUGUGAUAAACUUUUUCCCAUAUCGCCCAGCUCUAUUUGGCAGAUAGGCGAAAAAGAAACAGUGGGAAACUUUUAGCAACAUACUCAGUACAAGCAGAGGGACAUUUGUAUCUUGGGAUGAAUUAUUUAUUGAUUAAAUAACAAUGUCUGAAAGUUUCAUUUAUCAAGAACAGCUUCCAUGAGCGUGAGACACAACAAAACCAGCGCCAGAGAGAAGCACCAACAUCCUCAGCUCCUGUUUUAGAUCUGAUGCACAAACAGCAGAGGUGGAUCAGUUUCCCUGAGAGUCACAAGGCUCACUACAGCAAUAGAUAAGAUGACAUGAAGAACCUUAGUGGACAUUAUAAUGUGUGUUGAGAUAGGGCUGUAUGAUUAAUUGAUUUUAAAUUGUUAUUGGAUUAUUCGAAUAUGACGAUGUCAAUCAUGUUGAAUUGGUACGACUUCACAGUUUCAGAUGAAGAGCAAACCACUCCCUGCUGCAAACUCUGUCUGAAGGCGGUAUCAACCCGUCCACACUGAAACUAAUUCAGGAGUAAACACAAAAACCUUUGUCGUAUUGGCGUUUCAUCCACAUGGAAAAGUACAGGAGCGCCUAAAUACGUAAACAACUACCAUUUCAACUCCGUGUGGAUGUCUAUCUGCAUCGCUUGAAACGAUUAUGUGACACAGCGUCACUCUUUAACAGCGCCUUCACGUGUCCGGCCAAAACAUCCUUUAUAUGCAUGCUCUGUACUCUUCUUCUGUCUUUUGUGCUUUUCCUCUACUUAAUCAUUUUAGUGGUUUCGUUUUGAGAAAUGAUAGAAAAACUUAUUAUUCAAGUUAAGUUUGGUGAAGUUGUCAUUGAAUCAAAAAUCAAAAAUAAAGUUUUCAGAGAAAAAAAUCAGAGUUUUGUUUUUGGCCAAUAUUGUGCAGCCCUACAUUUAGACAAUCCUGUGUAUCUCAUUCUUGUUAAUCCACGUUGAUAUUGGGUCUUGGAGUGUGAAACAAAGCCCAGUGAUGGAAAGACGUAGGAUAGCACAAAGAGGAGACAGAGGGAGGGAGAGUGUGAAUGAUUUUUUCGGACAGUUCUGGAUGAGUGAAGACACUGACAGCCUCUCACUCGCAGCCUUUGUCUCUCACUUUCCUUUUUACCACACCAUUCUUGCAAUAUUCACCCAUUCUUCAUCUCCAGAGAGGAUUUAUUGUCAAGUUCAGUCCAAACUAAGCAUUUUUCUGGAUUGAUUCGGUUUCUUUCUGCAGUAAAAACCCACCAUCCCCCCGUCUGGUGGCUCGUCCUGAGGAACAGAAUGAGAGCAGGGCCGCUGGUCAGCACUCUGCUUCUCAGUGUCCAGAUGGUGGAUGUGAAAGAUCCCAGUUAGGGGUCCCGAUGCUGUGUCCUUGAAGCCGAGUGAUUUAUAUGUUUGGCAAAGGCAUCCAGAAGGCAGAAGAGGAGAAAACUUACUAUAUAUUGUGUCUGUUCUGAGGUGCUUCUAUUGUCUUCUGGUCUUAUAUCCUAUAUUAUGUAAGUCUAGUUACUGUUUAUCUACAUACUCAGCCACACUCGAGCUAAUCAUGUUCUUUCUAUGCAAAUGAUACGACUCGAGUCUCGUCUUUCUGCCUCAGUAGCAGGUGUGUGUUUCCAUGUGUGUGCAUAACCUUGAAGCACACAGGGGGAAUGUCGCUGUGCCCUGCUGCCAGCUUCUCUGAGGGGUUGUAUUCACUGGCACCACCCACUGUUUUCCUUCCAAUUAACUCUGCCAUCAGACCCGGUUGAGACAGUCUGCCCCCGUGUUGGAGAGCCUCGCGCCCCCGUGCAGUUUUGAGCUUUGGCCCCGCGAAGCCCCUUCUCAGCCCCCAGUCAGCCCCACCUCCACUUAGGCCUCAAACGCAGGGAUAGAAAGAGCAUUCAUCACAGCGGGGAAAGGGCAGACAUGGAAAUGCUGAGUCUUUUCAUCUUUGUUUAAUCAACUUACUACAACCCGAAAGUCAUGUGACUUCCAAACUGAGGAGUGGGAGGACACUGGAGGGGGUGAGUUCAUGCAUGGGGAGAAAAGGACAGUGUAAAGGUAGAUAAAGACGUAGGAUUGAGGGGAAUUAAGGUCAUAGUGUCGGGAGAGUCACAAUAUUGGGGCUUUGAUACGGAGGGCUGAGCAGAGGGAGGAUACAGAGGGUUGAUGAGAGAUUACCCAGAAUUCAGCUCUGUAUCAAGUCUGAGCUCUAAACAGGGAUGGGGAUCAACAACCUGGUCCAUCAGAUACCUAGUUUGGAAGUUUCUACACCUGAAAAAUAAUAAUAAUUGAGCUUAUUGAGUCUGCUAUGGAGUCUUGAGGGUCCUGUGACUCAAAGUAAAGUUGUGUUAUAUUAAUUUAAAAGUGUUAAUCUACAUGUAGAAGAAUUCUGGUAAAUUGGGAAAUGUCCAAGAUGUGGCCAUAUGUUAAUUAGAUUAUUAAUUAAAAAUACUGUUCAGUAGUUGAGUCACUUUAGUUGCUAUGGUAACCGUCAGCAUAUUAACAGUCAUAAACAGCCUUUGCAACUUCAGCAUUUUGGACAGAUGUGUGUUAAAGUUUGACCUCGACUCUGUCCUCUUCUUGAUGGUUCUUGCUGAAUGUUGUUCUUGGUUGUAAGUCUCCAAAAAUCCCUUUAAGUAAAGCACUAAUUUAUUGCAUCUCUUUAAGCAUCAGGUCAGGAACUGUUGCUGAAGAAGACAGCACGUGAAGGUGGACACAAGUUGCGCUUAACUGCGAGUCCCAAAGCCGUCAAAGCUCUUGUGUGUCCUGAAGGUCCUGAAAAUUAUGACUCGAGUUUUUAGACGAGAGUACUGCGAUACGUGUAGUUCUGUAAGAAGAAAAUGUUGAUGAAGAGUGAAAACUGGAGUAAAAAGAAGUAAUAAAAGAAAAGCCGCAAAAUGUUUUAAAAAAUUAGAAUUACGAGAUCCGAACAAAAGUUUGAUUAAUUUUUCCAGAUACAAGUUUUUAAGACGGAGAAUUAGGGCCUCUUUAAGAAAAUGUGGGUGUGCAAAAGUUAAGAUUUUGAGAUUAAAGUCGUUAAUCAACGAUAUGUGCCAUAAGAUUAAGUAUCUCCCUGUUUAAAAAAACCUAUAUUGAAGUACAAAUGCUUCAUGGCUCUAAUUUUAACAACUGUCAUCUUAAAGGUUAGAAUAUAAGAACUUUAUUCUCGUAAGUAAUUUUUUUAGUAUGACUUUAUUUUUGUAAGUAAUUACUUCAUUACAACUUUUUUAAUCUCAAAAUUUUGACUUUAAUCUCGAAAUGGAAAUUAAAAAAACUUCCCUCCUGUUAUUGUUUUUUUCUUUUUCUUGUGGCCCUAAUCCUCUUUUGUAAGUUUUGCUGAUAAACUGCUGUAGCAAGUACUCUUACUGUUAAACUACAGGGACUUCCUUUACUGUGCAGACACUAUCACUCCAUGCAUCUAAACAUUUAAUCUUGAAGCCGUUUGAACAUUAUCUUAAAAUAAAGCCUGUGAGAGCCAGCGUUUCAAAGCUUCCAGUGUGGCCAGCUGGUAGUUUCUCUCAAGACUGCCUUCUCUGUGUGACGCCAUCGUUCACAGCAGGCGUCCUUUUAUUGACGUUGGUGUAAGUUGAAUGGCUAAGCUACAUUACAUGAGUGUUUAACGACAGACGAGGACUCCUAACAAAAGCUGCAACACUCCUGUCCAGGUCUGUGCCAACAAACAGUGGAUUCUCGUUCAGCAUCCAUGACACUUCAGAUGAUUCAUCGGAUGAGUUACACAGCUUGUAUGCUUGACUCAGACUGUGACUUUGUAAUCCUGGUGAAUCCUGCUAAGUUGGGAGAAGCUUGUUGGCUUCUUCUUGUUUGUGUGAGUUAACAGCGUGAGGGAAGUGUUGAGACAGGUUGAAUGUGUUUGCAGAAGGUCUUUGGCGCUGCAGUUAUGGUUUCUACUGAUGUGACCUUUUAUUUGUUUGUGUUUGUCGAUUUUGCAUUUCUUAAAGUUAGCUAAGAGUUGAGGUCAAGGGCUUGUUCGCAAUUAAAGGGAUAUUCAUAUACAUAUUAUUAUGGCUGGGACCCUGUUGAUGACGUUAGGUGCUGUUAUGAGCAUUAUUUGUGGCUAUAGAGUGGCGUUUCGUUUGAGGUUUGUUUAUGGCUCCUCAGACCGCUGUGUAUUUCUAUCGUGCGGUCGUGACUAAAGUUGGUAAAACUAGAGAAGCAAGUGGUCAGCAACAUUCAUCUCUUGAGAGGGUGUCUAACUCUGUGUUACGGUGUGUUUGACCCUAAAUUAAUUUUACGCCCAGGAUAUUCAUUUAAGACAAUGGACUUAGGGUGUUCAGAAAGGUUCCCAGCUCAUGGCACAUAGGGCUGUGCAAGAAGUCGAUUAAAUUGAUUAACUGACAUUUGUUGAUUUUAAGAUUUACUAAGAUAAAAAUCUAGAUUUUGUCAUUUGUGCCCUGUAGUCUCUACUUUCUUCACUUUCUGCUCGGACAAACACAUUUAUUAUCAACAUGGCUGCUAGAGCAUAAGUGAAGAGUUUGGAAGUUGUUUGGAACUAUUUUGGUUUUGGAGUGUCAGACCUCGACUUAACCUCUAUGUGCAGAGUCAUAUCUUUGUUAUUUGUAGUUUUAUUUUUAGGAGAAAAAGGAAAAUUAAUAAAAUUACAAAUCCAUUUUUUGUAAAUGACACCUGAGAUUUGAUUUAACAAAACCUGAGUCGAGGACCUGUGCACCUCAGCACUAUAUGACACUGCUAGCACUACUGCAUUUAUUGCACUUUUUAUACUGGUUUUAACUGAUUUUACUCUACUUGGCUGGUCUGCAGAGGUGCAUUUGUUGUUGUUUGUUUGUUGUAAUUGUCUUUGUUAGUGUACUGUGUAUGAGUCUGUGAGUGGCGCGACCCCUGAAUUUCCCGAAUGGGAUUAAUAAAGCAUCCAUCCAUCCAUCCAUCCAUCCAUCCAUCUAUCCAUCUAUCUUUUUUAAGCCCAUAUUGCUAAAAUGUGCCAUAUCGCUAACGACACGUUGGCAAACUUUUCAGACCAUGCUGGAAAGUCAAGCCAAUUGAGUCUCAUAUACAGUCUGAGUAUAAGGUCUUUAAUUUAGUCUAGUGUAAGUUCAGGCAGGCCAUGUCGUAAAGCUGAGAGUUCAGCCUGUUACUCAGCAGAUCGAGAAACAUCAAAAUGGGGUUCUAGUCGAGCUGCUUCACAGACCACUUUAUAACCCACCUCCACCCCAGAUAAAACUACUGCGUGAAAUGGAUUGUUGCAUGUCUUAACGGUUGUUGGAUGGAUGAAGGGAUAGAGACCAGGUGGUUUGCAGUUGGGCAGCUUUGCUGCUGCUCUCCCUGAAGUAGAAGUAAGUGAAAUUAAGAGAAAAAGGAGGGAAAAGGAGGGUUGGAAGAUGAAUCAGUUUGGAAGAAAGAAGGAUGUAGAAAAGAGGGUUGGGGGGAGACAAACAAAGGCAGAUUGAAAUGAAAUGAAAUGGGUUUUAGGCAGAGGGAGCGCAGGUGGCUGUGUAAAAAGAGGAAGCGAAUGGAAAGAAAACGAGCAGGUCUUUAUUAUGGUGAGUAACUUUGACACGCUCGCGUUGAGCCCAGCGCCAGUCCAUCCGUCAUCCAGCUCUCAUACUGAUGAGCACUGGAAACAAAUCUGAGGAAGCCAGGCUUUAUUUUGCCGCCUGGGUGACUUGUCGGAGUCGUCACAGGCCCAUGUGUCCCUGCAUCCCUCCCCAACCGACGUCUCCCAGGCUCCGUUUCACCCGCUGGGAAUGUGUGCCUCUCCUCUCCCUCCUUCUUUCCAUCUCAUCUAUUCAUUAUGCAGAUAGUUUUUUCUCCGUUUAUAUAUUUUUUUUACAAGUCCCUCGUGUUUAUUUUUUCUUUAUUUGUCUCAAAUGUUACUGCUGUUUAUCUGCCUGACAAGUGAGUGUGUAUAUGCGCUUGAUAAGUUGCGAAACACAGAGGGCAUCAAUCACUGUCACUUAGCUGCUCAACACGUCGCUCAGGCUGCCAGAACCCGAGAACCUCGCACCUUCUUUGGAACCUUUUUCUUUUUUUUUUCAGCUUAGUCUAACCUCAAUGAAUUGAAACCCUUUCAAUACAUAAAUCUACAAGUGAAAGAAAGAAAGAGGGAGAAAAAGAGACGGGAAGACGAGGGGGAGGACUGUGGGUGAUGAGUACAAGCGCUUUUGUGCUUUUGCAGUCUGACUCAAAUAUAUGUUUACACAUUUACAAAUGAGAAAUCCAAGAGCGCAAUGUCAGUUUUCAUACUCCCCCACGCCUAUGGCAGCCUGCCUGGCGCUGCAGGCCCCCUCCAGUCGCAGACUUCUGGAACAGUUAUUUAGAUGAAUGAUUAAAGUUAAGGCACAGCCAGCCACAGUCUCACCACUCUUAUUUAAGGAAGAAUGGGAUCGCUGUCAUCUUUUGAUGCAUUGCCUGCCAUCCUGCAUGCAAACGAGACACCCUCUCUCCUUACUUUUUCGUCCCUCCUCUCCUCUCCGAUGGGCCCCUGAUGAGUUGCCUUGGGUGAUUGAUCAAGUGCCAUGGCAUCACUGGAGACACGUGGGAAGUCUGCCCACCAAGCCACCCACCCACCCAGCGAGCCAGGCAAAAACACUCCAGCAUGCUGAUCUGAUGUGAUCAGUAGGAUCAGAGGAACAAGGGAGGACUGCUGCACACAGUUGAUCUAUGGGCCUCUGAAGUCAGGCUCUGGAGACCAAAAUCUUCUAAUGACUUUAUAGAUAAAGCAUACUGCAGUUUGUAUUCUCCCCCUGCCUUGUCUACCUUCCUGCAAGCUGCACAAGGAAAGAAGUUCAAUGCAGGAUGCAAGAAGCUGGCUGUGUCUUCAUGAGCCGUUUCGUAAAUGAAAAAAAUAAAGAUCAUGUGGCAAAGUAAAAAUACUGCAAGUACCAUUAACGUUUUGAUAUAUAUUUUCUGUUUUAGCUUAUUUUUCAGUGAUUUUUAAAUCAUUUGGGGGGGAUUUUUGCUCUUUUUGAAUAGGACUGCUAAAGAAAGACAGAAAAUUGUGAGAGUAAAGACAACCUUGGACAACCGCAGCUAGGACCAUCACCCAAUAAGGAUGUGUAUAUCAACUAUUAACCUUCCUCUUGAGUUAGCCUUUACUGGGCACCAACUAUGUUAUGGGUCAGUUUUGACCCACGUCUUAAAUCAGCUGUAAAUUACACUUAAAACAAUUCUCUAUCAUCGAAUUUGGUUCUCAUCUUUGGGUUACCUUGUUAGGCUUCAUUAUCCAUAAAAAUAUCAUAUAUGAUUUCAGUUUUUGAUCUGAUUAUUAGAUGUUGAUCAAACCAGGUCAACAGCGACCCUAACACCACAAGUGCCAUAAUUUUAAUCAGAGCAUUUUAUGAUUUAGUCAAUUUAUAUUUUUUAUUUUUAUUUUGUUGAAAUAGAGGUUCCUGACAAAGUCAAAGUAUAUGUGCCCAUAUACAGAUACUAAAGAUCUGCUCAUCCUUAGUCAUUUGCUGCAUGUAAUCCCUCACUUAAACAGCAUCCACCCAUGAUAUUUCCACAAAAUUGUUUUGUAUUUCCAAAAAAUUUCUGUCAGGUGUUAAUCAUUAAAAACUAAGUUCUAUUGACGCUCUACAUCCAGGAUUAAUGCAAGUAUUUCUACCAUACUCUGCAUCCAUUUGGUUUCUAUUUCUGCAUGUUUCUGAAACAAAUGAAUACAGACAGAAAAUUGCUGUACCACCUAAGGUAGUGGGGGCAGUGUUGAGCAGACCAGAAAAACACAACACAAGAAGAAUACUUUGAAAUAGUGGAACUCUUAAUAGAGAUUGUGCAAGCUGGCUAAAACUGUUAGUGUUCAGUCUUUAUUAUGUUCCCUUGGAAGGGCAAAGAGAUAUACAGCCACACCAGAACGACUGGAGGAAGAUCAGACGGAAACUGAACGUCAGGUAGACAGCAGAGACAAAAAAGACCAGUUCAAGACCAGUGCUGUCUUGUGGAUGUACUCUUUAAGGUCUAUUCCAGUCUAAAGUACUGGUGGGAGAAUGUGGGGACAGUCUUGUCAUUAAAAUAUGUGUAUCUGCUUAUUUUCGUGUGCAAAAGAAGCAUAAAGAGCCCUCAGCCAUUUUUGACUAUUCCAUUGCAGUCUUUGUUUUCAGCUUGACAGGACGUCCAGAACAGUUUUAUAUCCAAAGGCCAAGAUAAAAGGUCAAUAUUUCCAACAAUUGUUGACAAGAAACUCUGGACACUCUGCAACCUUUUACACAUAUCUGCCCCCUUCUCACCUUCUUGAUGUAAAGGAGAGCAGAGAUUUCAUAUGUGGGGUGUACCCUCCUUCUUAAAAAUGUUAAGUACAGAGUUUUAGUUCUUGAGCUGGCAGGUUAACACAUCAUAUAUAUGUGCAGUUUCCUCAGCAGCGUUUGUUGUACAUCUUUAGCUGGCUGCACAGAAGGUUUGCGGGACAACACAUGUUUUAUGCAGUGGCCUGUGCAACGUGUGAGCAGAUUUUUGGCUGCUUCCUGCAGAUCUCAUUGUAUCACAGCACCUGGUUCCAGCCUGAAAGCACUACCUAUUCUUCUGUCAGGGUAAUGUGACUAUUAUCACAGAGAUGUAGGAUUUUGAGGGGAUGAACGUUAAUACCUUGGCAUAGCAGUAUCCUCCGGGGUGUAUUCCAUGGAAACAUUGUCGUAGCGCUCAUGGAUUGAAAUUUUAACAAUGCUGGCACUGAUGCCUAAUGUGUUGUCAGCAUUGUUUAUUUAUUUGGCAGUGGUUCAUUCUCACUGGUAGCUUGUUUGUUCCUGGGGGUUAAUAAUAACUUAUAUUUUUCUCACAAUCCCAACUUUUUGUCCAAGAAGGCCGUAUCAACAUGAGUGGUUGAGUACAUUACCUUCCUUUAUUCACCUUUUUCCAGGGAAAAACAAUUAAUUUUGUUAUGCCUCCUGUUUUUGUUGUUCUUUUAUAAUGUCUGAGUCACUUAAAUGCAACCCACAUAUGUCCUGGGCAGCUCCAUGUGACACUUUAGAUGGAUUUGGGUGCAAAGAGAGAAGCUACUUCAAAUGAGCAAGAUUGUUGUGAAAGGGAUUUAUAAGAAAGAACAAUUUCCUAGAAUUCAGAGUGUUUGCAGGAGACCUGACGUGAAUGAAAACAGAGAAACACAAAGAAAAGAGGGGGUAGAUGUUUUAGUGUCUGUCUAGAGAUUUUUCAAUGACUUUUGAUGACUUUUAAUGAGAAUAGAGAGGUAGAUAUAGAGGUGAACUAGUAGGAGGGAGUAAGGCACAACGUGGGGCAAAGGGUGGCCUUCUUCAAUGACUCUGUAAAUGAGGCAGGAUUAAACUGCUGAACUCAAUCGGUUGUUUUUAGGAAUAGUGAAGCAUGAGGAAAAAUAUCAUAAAUUUUGUGAGUAUGGGGGUCAGAUAAGAAGAUCUUAACCAACCUUAGAACAGUCUGUUCAAUACAACUGCUCUCUGUAGCCCGAUCUCACCUGGUUUAGACAAGAAACAUCAUAGAACGGCUAACAAAGUCUUUAUCUCCAAGCAUCUUAGAGACACUAAAAAAAGUGGAUGCUUUACUGAAGUGUUAGUCCAUCACAGUAUGUUGUUUUGCAUUCGCAUUCUCAGUAUUUAAAAAAAAAGGGUCUCUUGAAGGACGGAGUCAGACUAAAGAAUGAUGAAGCCAAGUAACGUCCUGCUUUGCUGUGAUUGGCUAGAAGUCAACCUUUGCUUUGGUCCCACAAUCUCAUUAGAUCAUAGGGGCGGGAAUCACCAGUGGCCCCUCGAUACGAUAUUAUCCCGAAACUUGGGCCACGGUACGAUAUUAUUGCGAUUUUUUACCUUUUUGCAAAACAGUGAGUAUUGCGAUACAAUACACUGCGAUUUAUACAGUUUUUCAGCUGUUUAGCUAAUUUAGUAUUUGUCUUUCCUUUAUGUUUGUCUUAUUUAUACAGUAUUUUAUAUUCAUGUAGCACAUCUUGCUAACCUUACGAGUCAGGUCGAUCUCAUUUGCGCCCUGCUUGCAUUCCUAAUGUCUUUCCUUAGGUGCUGAUAUAUUUGCUCUAACUUUCUCCUGCUCUAUGACGACACCUUUGCCAACCUCACUGGACAUACAGUUGAUUUUAUUUUUCCAUUUGGAAAUUUUUGCUGCUCUCCGCUAAUCCGCUGUCUGCCUGGGCACUUUGCAUUGUGGGUAACAGUAGGCGAAGCAGACUGGUCCGAUGCAUACUGUGAAAUUUUUCCGAAUCAGUACGUCAAGUUUCACAUUUGUUGCCUACUGCAUACUAAAUUUUGGGCAAAUCAGUUCGUACUGCUAGUAUAGUAGGCGAAUUCCAAAACGGCCUGUGUUCCUUUAUGCUGUGCAGACAGAGUUAGCAGUUAAAAGUCCUGUUGGGGUCCAUAUGGAUCAGAGAGUGUCCACUGGAUUUUUCUGUGUUAUUGAUAAAUCCAUAACCACGAAGUAUUUCUCAUCUACAUGAACUGAUAAACAGUUGGGAGUUAGCAUAUGGUAUUUUAAUUUUGAAAUUAAAACACAUGAAAUUAAUUAUCAUGAAAUCAAAUCGGCAAAACUAUUUGAUUAAUUUGAAAAAAUCGAUACUUGGUCAAUGCGACAAUACGAUAUAUCACCAGACAAAAUAUUGCGAUACUGAUUUUUUUCUCCUACUAGAUCAUGCCUUGAGUUGGUAAUAUGAAAAAGUCCUAUGAUCCAUGCAUCUAAAUCUUACCAAAUAGUUUUGACACCUUAAAUUAAACAACCAGAAUACACCUGAUUUGUGCAAUAAUACUUGGCUAAACUACUCAGGUACAAAACUGUGAUUUUGUUUGACUUCAUAUGAAUCCCCUAAUCAUCAGCAUUUACUCUUAGAGAGACUUAGUGCCUCAGAAACUUGAUUUUCUUAGUAAUACUAAAGGGAAACGAAGACAGAUAAAUGCUUCAUAUCAGUUUUAUAUUGUCUUCCAGCCUGUCUUACUCUUGCUGACCUCUUCUGCUCCAACUUGAUUUCUGUUGCAGACUUUCUGCCACAAUAAAAGAAGCUAUAAAACAAAACUCAAUAGAGGGUCCUCUGUCUCCUGCAGUUUAACCUGCGUAAGCGGCCGGUUAUGAAGAGGAUGUGAUCAGGGUCCAAAGAAUGAGGCACCGCUUCAAGGUUACAUUAUGAGGAUGCUCAUUAAUGAGGCUUUGUGGAGAAGUGAAAGCAAACAGAACCAUUAGGAUCAUUAAAAAGUCUCCAAGUGCUAAAACAAAGCAAGAGAGACUAUACAAAAAUACAACACAAAGUUUGUGGUGCCACACAUUUUGGAUUUAAUUGCACAUGUUGCUCUUCACGUGCAACAACCAGGGAUUUCUGCAGUCCUCCUCUGAGUCCAAUCUAAGUGGCAUCUGCAAUAUGUUGCAAUAUUGUCGGCAUAUAACACUUAAGCUGGCAAACAAUACCUCCACAAAUCCUCUUAUGUCAGCUCUAAAGGGCAGAGGACUUUCUUUCUUUCUUUCUUUCUUUCUUUCACAGUAGUUAAUUUUCUGUACUAAACAUCACUCUUUGCAUUUUCUGCUGUAUGAAACUUUUGUUCAUGUUCAACAUGAGUACAUCCAACAUUUCACCUGACACAUGGAGAAAAAGACUUCAUUCCUUUUUAAGUAAAAAUUAUUUGGGAGCUGAGCCGGUCUUCUUGAAACAAUAUUACAGAUAUUACUUCUCAAGAAACCUCUGAUUAUUCUCUUUGGGGUGAAGUGAUUCUCAUUUUUGGCUUAUUGCACUCAUAAUCUCACUGUGUGCCGUAUAUAUAUUGUCUUUUUACCUUUUCUCUCUCCUUUUCUUUGGACUUUCUUUUUCAUAUUGUCUUACAGAGCUCCGUGCUUUCUCAACACUAGUUCUCUUAUUCGUUUUCUUCUUCUCCUCCCUUACUGUGUUAUCUGUCUGGGCUCCAUUUCCCUGCUCCCUGAUACUCCCUGACUCAGUAGCUUUCAUUUUCAUGAUAAUCCAGCGACACCACUGGACUGCGAAAUCGCUUUUACUGCCUUUUCUUUUUCUCUUUUUCUCUUUUUUACCCCUACUCUCUCUGUCUCUCUCUCUUUCUCUCUCUCUCCCCCUCUUUCCUACAUUUUCCCUCCACUGGUUUAUCUUUUUUCCUCCUGGCUUUAUUUUGCUUUUUGUAAUUAAAUGUCAUUUUUAGUUCUCCCAUUUUUUUUUUUUUAAGAAGAGAGAAGAAAAAGUUUCUUUUUUAUUAUUUUAUGAUCAUUGUCAGAGCAGAACAGAGUCACUGCUGUUUUAAUGGAACGAAGCUGAGCAGCAGGACCAAGAACAAAAUAUGCUCAUCUCUCUCUCUCUGUUUACCUCACUAAUGAAAUUUAUUAUCUCGCAAACAAAAAGAAAAAUAGAAUUGUUUUUACCUCACAGACAUAUAUUUGACUUCUGUCGUAUACUUUCAAUCUGCUUGGAUGUCCAGCCGUCCAUUUUUGCCUUUUAAGUAGGCCAGACGGUCCUUCAUUUCCAAAGGGAUCCCGCCAUUGCGCCUCUGGGAUUUGUAAUCCCUGAGAUGAGCCCUCUAAGUUUACCCUGAGGUGCUACAAGGAGGCGUCUGUCAUGUUCAAACAGCGUCCCGUCUCCACACACGAGCGCCUGUUUGAAUAUCUCCUUUUGAGUGUCCAAGAUCCUCGCCCACUACUCUUGAAUAUAUAUUUCUACAUCUUCUUUGUUUUCUGUCCUUCCAACGAGCCACCUUUGGAGUGAGUGUCUCGUCUAUUUAGAUCACCUGCAGAGCUGCUUGGCAAUCAGUCUUAGUUUAUUCAGAGCUGCAGCUUGUUCUUCAUUUUGCACCAAGGCCAUGUCUGUCUUUCUUUCGGUUACGUCAAAAAAAAAAAAAAAAUCUCUCAAUCUGGGACCUGUAUUUGUUAGGCUGCAAACUGGAGGCUUUUUGAUGUCAAAGUCUGCCUUUGGGUCCCUAAUUAUUCUCCCAGACAGGUGUCAGCCACAUGUACCAGGCAGCUAGUAAGUGCACUUUUUUGUUUUUAACUCAGCUCACCUUCAUUUACCCAGCACCUUUCAUACAUACAAGCGUGCAGCUCAGAGUGCUCCACGGGGGAUAAAAAGACAAAAACUGGCAGCAACAUAUGACAUUUUGAAAGACUAAAACAAUUAAAAAGAAGGUAAUACGCUCUGUAUUUAUUUAAUAAAACUUCUCUGCAGUGACAGCUUCUCAAAGUUUUCUCUGUGUUUAAACUUUUUCCUCCUCUUGGAUUAUUUAGGGCACAAGUUUUGCAAGUGGAAGUCACGCUAUCCUUGUCGAAAAGGUUGAUGAACAUCCACGAUAUAUCAUCAGAAAAAUCCUCUUUGAUAAAUAUUUGCCAUCUCAUGAUAAAUACGAUAAAUGCAAGUUGAUGACAUAAGCGCGAGCGACAGACUCGUAGCCAUAGCCCACACAGAGCAAAAUGAAAAACAAACAUGGCGUUACUGAACGAGGCUCCACAUGAAGGAUUUCCUUCAAGAUUGGGGUUUAGAUGAGUGCAAUCAGGUAUGUCUGACAUCGGACAGUGGAUCUGCUGCUGUUCACUCUGUGCAAUAAGAGUUUUCAACAAAUAUGCAAAAUGUUUUCACAUUUGAUUGUCCACAACCUACCAGUAAAACUUGUGGUUAAGUAUCUUAUUUGACUACUCCAACUGGUGUUCUCAAGGCAAAAUGAGUCAAAAAUAUUGACUGGACCAUAAUAUUUUUUUAUUGGGACUUUUAUCGUCAUCACUAGAAUGGCAAAUCUUAUAGAUCUGAUAUAUUUUUUAAGCCCAUAUCGCCCAUCCCUACACCAGUGACACUAUUUUAUACUCUCCUGUCGGCUUGUUGUAGCUGCACGUUGUUCUUCUUCUCUGUUCAUAGGUUGCAUACUGCCCAGUCAAGAACAAAAUAAACACAUGAGCAGAUAGGUUACAGUAAACUUGCAAUCAGUAAAUUAACUUGACAGAGAAAAAAACAGACAUUCCCAGUGAGUAAUGACGCUUAAAAAUGUUCACCAUUAAACUGACUUUCAAAAAUGAAAGUGAAAGUUUUUUUAAUUUAAGGUUUUAUGUUUGAUUGAAUUUCACUCGGAAAUCUGCUUGCACUGGUAUUAACUACAUAAAUAAAACCAAACACAAUAACUGUGAGAGUGAACAGUGUGUAAUAGUAACCUUUAAAAAACUACCAUAAAGACCCCGGCAGGAUUUUCAUUACAGUUGUGUGGUUUGUUUGUUCGUCUCUUUAAACUGCUGUCAUGCCCUUUAAAUUGGCCCUGGGGGACAAACAAAGUGAUUUGAAUUUAAUUUAAUUUCACAGAUUAUUAAAAUAUUCAGAGAAAAUUGUUUUUUUAUGCGCAUUGAUUUAAUUUGCCAGCUGAUGAAAGGUUUAAAAAUGGUCUCCAACAUCCAGACCUGAUUUCAACUUGUUUUCAAACUGAUUUCAUCAUGAUGAGUCUGGUUGGUGCCAACUGGGUUUAUGAUUUAUGAGCUAUAAAACUGUUAGAUUUUCUCCACAUGCUUUUAUUUAUUCAUGUCACUCCUCACUUCUCACACAUCAUGAAAUUACCAGCUCAUUAUUUCCCAAGGUGCAUUCACAUUUUAAUCUUAUCAACAAUCUGUCUUUUAUGCUACAUGACACAGUCACCUGAUCACGCCAUAUUUAUACACUGGUGGCAGAGUUUGCUAUACUGUUAAGUUAUUUUUACACCCAUACACACACAUACCACAAGCUGUAUCUCCAACAAGCAGUUAUGUGUUUAGUGCAUAGACUGUAUAUAGAAUAGACGCCGUCUGCCUCCUCAUGGGCAAUUUCCACCGCAUCUGGAACGGCUACAAAAAAGCCAAAUCCGCUGAUCUUAGCUGAUCGUAACCAUUCAAGUUAACGUGUCAAUUUCCACCGGCUUCUUUUCGUUCUGCUGCAGAUCGCCUGACUCCGCAGCUGAUCGCAAGAGUUCUAUUUUUUCCAGACACCGGAGUACGCCGAAUAUAUUCAGCACAGAUUAACCUGUGCUGGAUAGGAAGUCAGGCACAGACACAAAAUAAAACAUCCGGCUUCUUUUCAAAAUAAAACACUCCAUGUUUCAGGCGGAUAGUAUUUCACACUAUGCAAAUGGGCGGGGACGAACAAGUGAUCCCGAUGACACCAUGGAUGAGGCGAUGCUGAUUUUAGAAGUCUAGAGGUGGAUAUACUCCUCUGGAAGGACACAACAUGGUUAGCCUGUGUGGCUAAAAACAACUUGUUAUCACGCGAUUGCACAUGAAUCCGUGGGUUCUUGUGGGUUCUCGUGAUUCCUGCUAAUGCUAAUCCGCCACAAAAUUCGCCUCACAAACAGAUCCGGUAGGAAUUGGCGUGCGGCGAGAAUUGCUGCCGUUUCGGAUCUGAGCCGAUUCAGAUGCGGUGCAAAUCCCGGGUCACUGAGUGAAGCCGCCGCGUGAACAGCACCCUCUGGUGACGGGCUCCAGUAUAGGUCAUAAAUCCCUACUCCUCCGGCAAUCCUUAUGGAGCUGUGGACAAACUUUAGAAAUUUAUUAUACAGAAUAUACAUUUUUCUGCCCCCAAUUGUGAUGUUGACGUUUUCUAUGAUUGACACUUGAUACAGCUUAUGGGCAUAUGAAGAUUGUAUUUUAGCAGAGCUUUAUCACAUGAUUCUCAGCGACUCUCCUGUUGAAUCCGCACAACGCUACAGCGCAAGUGGUGGCUCCAGGAAGUGGAGAAAAUCCUGGAACUACGGAGAGCAAUUCCGCUUCAAAUUAGUGAAAAUGACGGAAGGCGGAGCCAAGUUGUCCACAUACAUGUACCAUAUACAGUCCAUAUUCAGUCUGUAUAUGGACACAAGGAGCUGGGAUCAAACCUCGAACUUUCCCACUGAGAGAAGGUAUCCUGUAUAAACGCAGUAGACUCAGUAUAGCUAUAUACUCAAGGCUAAAACAGGGAAUAGGUGUAAAUUAAGUCUUAAAUUCAGCCUAAAUAAGUUUAUUAUGGUUUUAGCUGGAAUAAAAAUCAACUGUAUGAGCUCCACAUCUUCAAAAAACAGUAGUCUGGAUGAUGAUCUUGAUCUCUGUGUUACCUUCAGUUGCCUUUAAAACUCCCAAAUAUCUGAAGUCUUUCCCUUUAAUUUCCUCCCAUCCUGAAGGGGAAAAUCAUCCGUUUCCUACAUCAGCUUUGAGGCUCUAACCCUGAGACAUCCUCUUCACACUCUGCCCCGCUGUACAUUUGACAUCACAGUCCAGCGAAGCUUGUAUUGGCAGAAUUGUGCGGAAAAAGAAAUCAUAAAGUCCUGUGGAGAUUUUCUUCAGUAAUGACCUUCUCACCUGUUCAAUCACUGCGAGGCACUCUUCAUUUCAGGAUUAUAAAUGGUGCCGGGUUAACAGAAAUGGAAGUAGAUAUUACAGGGUCUUACAUCACAACUCCUAGUAAAAAAUGAGGAAAAGUGAACACAGCGAGAUAACUUUUUCGUCUUUUUUUGUCUCAGUGAAAAGAAGCUGUGAUUUUGAGUAAACAGUGUUCCCAAAGCAAAGAGUAAUCUGCAUCUAGACUCUACAACGUCUCAUUCUGCUUAAGCGUCUUCUGAUGACUAAGAAAUUGUUUGUGAUGUCUCUUGGUCUUAAAGAAGAAAAUAUGAUGGGGAAAAAAAAGAACAAAAUACAUCCCUGCUUCACAUCACAACGAGGAGUGAAGAAGGAGAAACAGAGAGUUGAAAAAAAUGACUCCAAAAACUAUCAGUAGCCGGCAUCAGAGUCUGCAGUUUGUGGUGUGGGAGUGGAACUGUACAUUUGACUCCUCUCUGUGACAGCAGAUCAAUGCAGCCCCGAGCACAGAUAGAAAUGAAUUGAUUGUCACCAAUAAAACUCCAAUUAAACAAAAGAACAAGCCUGGGAGAGAUCUCCGAGACGUGUAGCUCUCUUCUUCCCAUCAGUCCUCAGGUUAGGGAAGGAGGAGGGGAGGGUGGGAGGAAGGAAGGAGAGGCGGAGAGAGCAGGUCGGUGAGUGAGGUCCAUUUCCUCUGAAUGCUCUCGCUGUGAAGGAGGUGAGGAAGUUAUGGAUGAAUGUAAGAGUGAGAGGGCUGCAGACAGAAGAUCAGAUACCCGAUAGACAGAGAGAGAGUGAGAGAAAAAGCCGAGACGGAGGUGCUGCCAUUGAUCCAGAGCUUCCUUAAUGAUGAAAAGAGAUCUUAAUUGUGGUGGCAGAUGAUGUAUCAGGUUAUAGCGGUCGGUUCAAGAGCUCAUCUGACCUUUUCUCAUUUAAUAAGCCAGUGCAAAGUACUUCCCUGCACAGUCUAUGGGCUUCUCUCAAACCACCUUGACUCACUGUCCAGGCGCUUCUGCUCAAUUUUCACACAUUUGUUUCAGGGGCCUUUACAUGAGUCUUUUUCACACGUGCACUCAGGAAAUUAUCGAUUAUCUUUCAUGGAUUCAGCCCCAAAACUCACUUCAGCUUCUUACUCACACAUAUCCCUCACAGACAGUCUAUUCAUAUGCAUACUCACUGUUCUGGCUUGGUAUACAAGCAACAGGUGAGAAUCAGUUUUUUUAAUAAAAGUAUGUACGCCUCCACUACACUAGGGGGUGGUAUUCCCCUUUUCUGCCAGUUAUGAUAUUAAACUCUAGGGCUGCAGCUAUUGAAUAUUUUAGUAUAAAAAAUAUAUAUAUAUUUUUAGUGCAAUUAUCGCAGCGCAAUCGCAGAACAAGAGUGUGUGGUAGCGGAUUGCAAUACUCGUACAAAAGUUAAUUAUAUUAAUUUUCAUCAUGCCCCCAAAGAUAUUAACGUCCGAGAGCUGAGUAGCUCCUCUGUUACCUGCUACUUCUACUUCACCGACAAUGUUAGGCUGCAAGCAUAAAGAGAAGUGUGCAGAGCAGCGCUGUCUCUGCCCACGACUCAGAGGCGAAUUGCUAAUGAGCUGGAGCUCUGCAGAAGAAAAGUCCCUCUCAUCAUUCAUUUUUUUUCCAAUCCGCAAAACCGAAACUGCGCUUACUGCUCCUUCUACCGUGGUGACAUAAGCGCGUUGUGUCACCUUGAAAAUAAACCGUCGAAACAGUGAUAAUUGGAGCUUAUAAACGAGUACUCGAGGCAGAGAGAAUUCCUCGAUCAUUUUUUGUAAUCGCGGUACUCAAGGAAUCGUUCAGCCCUAAAUAAUUCAUCAGUCGACCUGUUACUUCUAAUGCCAAAACUAUCAACAGGUUAGCAAAAAGUGGUUACAUGUCAUCUUUACAGCUCUUUACCUUUUGUUUACUUUACACCUCUCUUUCAUACUGUUAAUGUAAAGUUUGCGACCCUGCAUCCAUCCAUCAUGCUGUGAAGUACACACAAAAAUCUAAGGUCAGUUUGGAGUUCGAUCAGGGUGUAUACAUGCAAUAGAAAAUCAAUCCCCAGCUAGAGUAUUUAAAUAUUGAGAAAUUAUUCUGCGAUUUCAGUCUGACAAAUUUGUUUACAUCUUAUUCCUGCAGCCCAUCUCAACAUUUCUAGGAGGUGUGUAAAACUUUUAUGCAUGUGUGAAUACAGCCAAUAAGUACAAUCCCCAUCCCUUUAGCAUGAGGUGGAAGCGUAGUAUAAGACCAUAAGCUAGCAACCAAAAAAAGGAAGGCACAGGAAGACAGUCAAAGAAGAGGGUAGGUGAUAUGGCUGCACGAUUCAUUGAUUUUAAAUUGUAAUAAGAUUAUUUGAUUAUGACAAUGUUUAAAAAAAUUAAAAUCAUCAAAUCAAUUUCCCUCUCUAUCAUGUCCCACACCUCUGGGCCACCUUGAGUGCAUUUCCCAUGCAGCAUUACAGCGCCACUUACUGGCUUGGCAUAUGCACUAUAUCAGUGGUUUUCGUUCUGAGAGAUGAUAGAAAAACUUUUUAUUUUUAAAGUGAAGCUUGGUGAAGUUGUCACUAAAACUGAGUUUUCAGAGAAAAAAUUGGGAUUUUGUUUUUGGCUAGAAUCGUGCAGCCCUAGUCGGUGAUCAGCAAAUAAAAAUGUCAUUGAAAAAUCCGUUUUUUCAACAUUACAGUAAUUAGAUUCAGUGAAGAGGAUACAAGGAUUACAUGAAUCAUUUUGGCAUUGACAAAUUUACAAGUUAUAAUAAAUCGACGCUGAAACACUUUGACUAGUCUAGUUUAAAAAGCUAAUAAUGUCCUUGUCACUUAAAUUCAACAUGGUAUAAUUUAUGACAACAAACUCGAUCCUGAGUACCAAAGUUUGCUGGUUUUAGCCACAAACUUUUCCUUUCAGAGCAUGUGACCUCCCAUGGUAACAGCUUAUUGAAACGCACUUGUAUGCAUGUUGGAACAAUAUUUACUAAAUGUUUGUGUUUGUGUGGCAGCAAGAGUUAUUCCAGGACUUGCUGCAGUAUUUUUAUAUACAACACCUUAACUUAGUCAGCUCCCAACAGCAGUGAGUGUAGCUGUAGAGUCUCUCCAAGUGAAGGUCCACUCUGAGAGACGCCCUGUCUGUCUGUCUCUCUCUCUCUCUCUGUGAGUACGAUCAUGUUGUCUCAUUUCUCUGUCACUCGUGGUCCCUCGCUGUCUGAGCUUCACUUAUAAUCUCUUCAUUGAACAAUCCCCACAUUUCAUUCUUGCAUGUACUUCCAGGUGGGUUAUAUUCCUCGCUUCUAAGCAGCGACUAAAGAUGCUUUUCUGCUCGUAUGAACCUCCAAAUGAAGUUAAAGAUGAUUAAUGUCCCCCGUUCUUUGAAAAUGUUCAAGAUCUCCUUACACUCUCCUCAGCUCAUCUCACUCCUCCACUAAUAACAUUUUCUUCACUAUCUCCCUCUCUCUCCCAAGCUCUGUAAUCUGAUUGUUCUUCCUGUGAUUGUGCUCUUAUUGAGUUGUCUGUAUCAUACAUAUGUAUAAGUCCACCAUAAAACUUAUUCCAUCUUCUGCUGUGAUUCCCCGAGCAUCCUGACAAACAGGAAUUUCAUUCCUUAAUGGUGGAAACACUAAUGCCUUGUUGACAUGUGUAGAGCUUCAAUAUGUGGGGGACUUCGUAGACGGGGGAGAGAACCCAUGACAUGACAGGUUACAUCUAUUUCUCUGGUAAAGUACUGUUUUCACCAGCAGUUUUAUGUCCUCGUCUUAAAUUUAACCUCCUCGUAUUCAGAAACAGAUUUUAUCCUUGUAGCUUUCGGGAGGGAAACAUCAAUCACUCUUUUGGGACUGAAAUAUUUCAACAGCUGUAACAGAUGAUGAUUGAAUUUAAUACAGAUCUUCAUGAUGCCCAGAGGAUGAAACCUGGUGAUUUUUAUACUCCUCCGACUUUUCACACAAGCUUCAGUCGUGUGACUUAAAUUAAAUGUCUCAACUACUAUUGGAGUGAUUUCCAUGACAUUUUUGUGCCUCUCAAGAGGAACUGCAGUAACUAUUUCAAUCAUCUAUCAUUUGUCAAUUUAGCUCUUUUAUUUAUGACCAAACACCAGCAGAUUGUAUCAUAUUCGUGAAAUGCUUAUUGGCAAAUGUCAACCUGCUAAACAAAGACUGCCCUUCUACUUGCCAAACGACAGAGUGAAGGCAUAAUAUAUACUGCAUAAAACCAUGGACAGGACAACAGCUGUCCAAAGUGAAGCCAAGUCUUUUACAGCCCCUCCUGGUGAUUGGCUCUAGUACGAGUCUUGAAGCCUCGCUCGUUUAUUGUAGACAAUGAAACAUGAACUCAAGAGUCAGUGAACUCUGCAGAGCUGUGAGUUUCUGCUUCAAAUCAACACAAGAAUCUGUUCUGCUGUCGUUUGUUUCAACUUGAGGGAAUUUUUCCCUGAUUUGUUGUCAGGACGUUGCUCCACUUCUCAAACUGAGAGGAGGUGAAGGUGCAUUUUCCAUUUUGACAAACAGGUCAUUUUUAGAGAGUCACUGUAAGCCUCUGGCUGUGUAGAAAACAUGGUUCCCAGUUGUUAUUGAAGCUGCAUGGUGAGCGCAUGCAGAGGACAAGAUGAGCAAAGACUGCAUUGUCCACAGGGGGCGCCAAAAUUGACUCAAACUGAAAGUUCCUCACAGGAGCUUUAAUAGUCAAUUGAGACAUUCAUUCUUACAAAGAUUAUCACAAAUAAGCAAGGUAAUAUUUGACUGUGAAUUAAAAUGUUCAAUUUAAUGAUGAAUUAAUUCGUAACAGGCAGCAGGUUUAUUUUUUAAAACUCCUUAGGUAAUUAUUUCAUUUAUUAUUUAGUUAUUUUUAGAUUUCAGCUGUCUUGUUUCCCCUAAAGUUUGUAGCUUCUCUGCUUCAUAUUGGGGUCUUGAGUCUUAUCAUAAUACGACAUUUAGUUGACUAUAUAGGCCACCAAAAGUCCAAAUGUUAUACUCACAUUAGAAAAAUUAUUUAAAAUCCUUCUCCCAUAAAGUUUUUUACUUUAAACAUUAUGAGUAAUUUGAUUCCAAUGACACAUUUCUUUAUAUUGUAUAUUUCAGAUGAAGUAUGUCUGCCAGAGCUGUGUUUCUGCAACUGACAUAAUAAUUUGACAUUUAAAUAGAAAACAAUCACUUCAAAAUCAUUAGUGACAGUUUUUAACCAUAUACAGAUGCCUAAUCAUAAAGUUAAAUGUGCAAAAACUAAAUCCUAAGCAUAAGUAAGACUGAAAGAUGGUCAAAAGAAAAUAAUUGAAGUGAUCUAUCUGUUGAUCCAAGUUUAAAAUAAAAUAGUAGUAGACUUGGAUUUAAGUGACUGAUCUGAAGUACAUUCAAGUACUUGAAGAGCUGUGGAUGAAACCAUCCACCAAAUGCCACGUUCUAGUGUCUAUAAUUAUCACUUUUCCUUAUGAAUAAAGUGACGACAGUUAAAUUAGUUUCAUUUAAGUUGUCAGUGCUGAAUAACUGUUGUAAACUCUUGAGAUCCUUUCACUUGUAACCAAAGAAUCUUUCUAUGUAAGUGUCUUGUUGUGUGCGUGCGUGCGUGCGUGCGUGCGUGCGUGCGGACCUGUAUGAGCUCAGCCUCAUCACCUUUUCAUCACCCCUGCAGCGUUCCCCUGGUUAAUGCUCCAAAAGUUACCUCUCUCUCUCUCUCACUGAAUCCAAACUGAGCGGUAUGAAAGGUGUGAUUUUUCAGACAGUGAAUCUUUUCGCUGGUUGCAGAAGCCUGAUAUGACCUUAUAGCAAACAUCCACCGUUUUGCAAAAAGUCUAUACUUAUAGAUUUUAUGUCAAGGUAAAAUAUUUGAUAUUUCUUCUAACAAAUCCUCACCCUUUGAAUGGAUUUACUGUCGAGCACAAAAAAAAUAUUUCAUAUUUAUGCUAAUAGCAAGUCCGUCUAUUUAUUGGUUUCUGUUGGCAUUUUAUUUCUCUCGUGCCACAGAAGAAGCCCCUCUGUAGCUCCUCUUUUUCAGCUCAAUCGAUGUUUGUUGAAGUUGCUGACUGCGUACAGUUGCUUGUUCUCCCUUAGAGAGGCCCAGGCUGACCUCAGACCCCAUCAUGAAAUCAUUUCUGAGCUUGGUACAGUUGACCCUGAAGGUUAGGUGGAGGUUCACGGCGUGAUGGUGCCGCUGAGGAUGGUUAAGGAUUAUGAUGAUGGUGCUAGUUCGAGCUGUGUGCCAUCAGCAGGAGGAAUGAUUAGGACUGCACCAGCAGAGCGUUAGCCUGACAGAUGGCAACACACAGAGCUAGCUGACAGCACUGCUGACAGCGCAUUCACAGGAAGUCCCUAUCUUGCAUGCGCUGUACACAGUGUUUGUUGCUGUCCAUAUUUGGAUGUUUUUCUGCCAUCAAGUGUAGCUUAUUCUUACCUGUCACUGCAGCAGUCAGCUCACAUCACUAAUUCACCAGCUUAAAAACUGCAAGACUACUGCAUCGACCAGACUUAUCCAAUUGGUAGUGCUGGGGGUCAGUCCGGCCCUCUUUCCUCAAAUCCAACCAUUUAAUAAUUCAUCUAAAAGUUAGAUACAAAUAUGAAAAAAUUUUUCUCAUAAGAGUAGAUUUUAUAUUCCAUGCAUUAUUCUGUCAACAGGCUCUUUAGCCCAAUGAUAAGUUAAGGUAUGUCUCUUAUUAGCUCAGAAAUGCAGAAGGAAAUUUUGGAUCGAUAAAACCCCAUUGUACCGAAAUGUAAAAUAAAGAAGUGUCCAGGUAGAGCAACAUUUUUCAUUCGCUUUCUUGCCACUACAGGGGCUUUCCGAUUGCUCAAAGGUGUUCAUGUGUUCUUAUUUUAUAUCAGUCGUGUUGUGUUUUAUGUGUAGUGUGCAUACUACUGUGAAGACAGAUAAAUGUAUGCAACAUUCAAGUACAAGGAAAACAAACAUCCCCAUGAGGACAGUAAUGCACAGACAUUACCUUAGCUUACCAUACCAUACAGAACCACAACAUAUCAUACAAUAUCACAUCAUAUCGUAAUGUAUUGAAUAGUAUCUUAUCGUAACGUAAUGUAAGCUAAUGUAUCUUGUUGUAUCGAAGGCUAACAUAUCAUAUCCCAGUGUGAUAUCAUAAUAUUGUAUCAUCAUAGUGUAUCUUGAUAUUGACUUGUAUCGUAAUAUAUAGUUUCAUGCCUAAUAGACCAAUCACAUUGUAUCUUAUUUAACAGAACAUGUCAUCCUGUACAAUACUUUAUGUUAAUGUACUGUGUAGAACUGGCCCUUGCUGUACAACUUGGCAUGUUGUAAAAGUUGUAUUGUAUCGUUUUUUGUAUUGUUCCAAGUCAUCUGGUAUCCUGAAUCUUUCCAUGCAUAAUAUUGUAUCAUCAUAGUGUAUCUUGAUAUUGUAUUGUAUCAUAAUGUAUCAUAUCAUGCCUAAUAUACCAUUCACAUUAUGUCUUAUGUAAUAGAACAUACCAUGUCAUCCAGCUCUUGCUAUAUAAUUUCGCAUGUUGUAAAAGUUGUAUUAUAUUGUUUUUUAUGUUGUUCCAAGUCAUCUGGUAUCCUGGAUCUUUCCAUGCCAUUCUAUAUUGUUUUAAUCACAUUGUUUGUUAUCAUACAGUAUCCUAUCAGUCCCAAAUCACAUCAAAUAAAUUAGAAUAAUUUCUUUUGUGUCUUAUCUUAUAGUUUCGUAUAGUAUCCUUUUAUUUAAUAUCAGUGUAUUGUAUAAUAUUUUAAUGAUUUGUAUUGUAUUGCUUCAAAAAAUAUUUCUACUUUUGCUGGAUUCAAGGUUAUGUGAAAUUUUCAGUUUAAUAUAUCUGACUCAGACAACGUAAACAUCCUCACUUUUUGAUUCUGUUGUUUUUCUUUUUUAAUCAGGCUCCACUUAAAAAAAAAAAAAAAACUUAUUGAAAUAGCUUUACAUGGCAGCAAAUUGCAAUGGCAGCAAAAAUCCAGUCGGGGCCUGUUAAAAAUCUUCACCGGGUCAUUAUCCCAGUCACAGGUCAUUUAUCAACACCUUUCUUUUCUUACUAAUGCGUUCCCUUUGGUGGUCAAUAAACUUUCAGUUAUUUUCCCCUCAAUCAAUCUACUUAGAAACCGGCUCUGCGGGUAUGUUAAUGAAUGGCCAAAAGACAUAGAUGCAUUAAUUGAAUGACUGAAUACAUUAGGUGCUGUAUUGAGCGCUUCACCGUUGCAAUGUGGAGUUAUUAUUAGGUUCAGUGAUUGAUGAAAGACGAGGAGAGCUUUGGCACAAACCUGUCGGUUCCACUGCCCCGCAUAGGAGUGAGGGAAUGAGACAGAAACAUGAGUAGACACAAAGAUCUGAUCUCGUGCUUGUUUUUGAAAUGCCGUCUUCGUUUUUUUUUUCUUGUUUAGUUUGUUUAUCUGCUCGUGGAGCAGUUUUAAACUCCAUCCAAAUGCAUCCCCAGGGGAAACACAUAUAACCCCUCUGAGUAGUUGUAAUACUUUUCGCUGUCACUUCAUGACAGCUCCAAGCUUGGAGUUCACAUGUGUGGGGAUGUGUCUGUGAGCCUGAGUGUGUGUGUGUUUUAAAAGCGUGCGCGUGUGUGUGUACAUGUAUGCAUAUGGAUGGGAGCAUGGCAGCGAUGUGAUUGAUGAGACAUGAAAGAGAGCAGAGGAAGAUUUCCAGUCAAUCAGCCCAGCGAAUAAGCACCUCUGCCGUGGAUUAAAGGCAGAAAGCUGUCUGAACUAACAAAGGCUCACAUCCAUUACCUUACAUGCAGAGUUGUUUUUCUCCCCGGAACAACACUGACAACAAAAUUAAAGUGUGUUAACAAAAAUAGAUGGUUUUAUUUUCUCGGAUUCGGGAGAUGAAACACAGCUACAUCUAACAAUUUAGAUGCUGGAGAAAAUAAAACUCUUGUGAGGUAAAAAAGGUUCUGUGCAGCAGAGUGACCUCGACAACAUUUGAGAUGAUGACGAUGUGUAAAAUUGUAGAAUACAGUGGGGCAGGAUUUUAUUCAGAGGCUAGAAGGACAUGCAAAAACUAUCAGAAAGGUGGUUGAUAGCAUUCAAUUAUUAUUCAGUGCUCAAACCCUGAAAUUGCUUAACUGAGGAGCAUGUCCGUCGAUUUAAUCAGAUUUUAAUUAAAAUUGGUUCAAAUGUGCAGGGUUAAAACUCUGUCAAAUUUGCUGUUGAUUAGAACGAUUAUAAUGUCCCACACAAUAUUUGUCUUAAUUGCCUAUUUAAAGCUCCUGUGAGGACAUGUUGGUUGGGUCAGUUUUGGUGACCCAAGAUUUCUUAUCCUGUUGACUUUCAAAAAGUCAAAUUAGCUGUUUAUAGUGAACCCUAACCCUAAACCUGGAAAAAAAAAACAGCGUCAGUUCAGCUUGAUUUUGUGUUUGAAACCCCAAAUAAAACCCUCUUAGUUGUCAAAAAAUAACAUGUCUUACAGUCAAGUCUAUCAAGUUAAGUAAAGAAAACUACACAGUUGUCUGGUCUAAGGUUUUCUUGGCGACAUAUUUCAGUGUUUUCCAAUUAGACAGCCAUACCAGCCCCCCAAAAUGCAAUAUUACUUUCCUAAAUCCUCACAGUUCUCUUUACUUAGAGAUUGUUGUAAUGUUAUCUUUUUGGUGGGGUAGGAGUUAGAUCUGCAAAGGUCAAGACUGAUUUAAAACCAAAAUCUUAGAGAUAGUUAAAACAAACAUCAUCAGGUUAAAGUUUGAGAAUGAUUCUGGUCAUGUUUGAGUGACAGUUGGUGAAAGGCACCAAACAUCAUAUUUGAGGGCUAUCUGACUUAAUUUUGAUCAAUACAUCCACCUUCGCCUUCACCUUUUAUGGACUUCUCCUUGUUUAAUUCACAAUUAUAACUGCCUUCAUAACCUUAUUGAGUAUUAAUGUUGUAAUUUUCUCAGUUGCUGAAAAUAAUCCUUUGUUGCGAUCUCAAAAUGUUGAAUCUUCUUUCCCUCUCUUCUAUUUUUCUCCAGGUCCAAGGGUUGGAGAAGCAGGUGGAUUUCUCAGACCUGGGCCCGGUGGGGUCAGUGAUGAAGACCAUCCCAUACGGCAUGGGUGGAGGCGCUGCAGGGGGAACGACAGGGGGUGUGGUUAAGCCUCCAUACCAAACACGCAUCUUCUCUACGUCCAUUGAUCAGACCCCCAUGAAAUCCAAGCCUCCCACCUACAGUUUCUUUAACCCGUAUGACUCAGCCCGGAAUCAGUCUCUACUCUUGGACCAGACAGGCUACCGCUCCAAGCGCAAGCCCUCGCUAAAGACGGCGAUGAAGACCAAGAAGAUUUUCGGCUGGGGGGACUUCUACUUCAACGUCAAGACCAUGAAGUUCAGUUUGUUGGUGACAGGGAAGAUCGUGGACCACAUCAACGGGACGUUCACCGUUUAUUUCCGCCACAACUCCUCCAGCCUGGGUAAUGUUUCUGUGAGCAUCGUGCCGCCCACUAAGGUAGUGGAGUUCGAGGUCCUCCAGCAGCAGCAGCUUCACCCCCACACUCAGCAGGAAGUCCAGAUCCAGGAUACCCAUCAGUCCACCGUGGACCCCAAAGAGUCAAAAACCUUUAACUGCCGGGUGGAGUAUGAGAAAACCAACAGAUCCAAGAAGCCCAAACCCUGCCUGUACGACCCGUCUCAGACCUGCUUCACAGAGCACACCCAGUCCCACGCCGCCUGGCUUUGUGCCAAACCCUUCAAGGUGAUCUGCAUCUUCAUCUCUUUCUUUAGCAUCGACUACAAGCUGGUUCAGAAAGUGUGUCCGGACUACAACUUCCAAAGUGAGCACCCUUACUUUGGAUAAGAACAUGCGACUGAACUGAGAAGUGCAAAAAAAGAGACUCUAUUAAUGACUACAACGACGAUAACUAUUAUGAUAAUGGAGGAUGAUAGUCAUAUUGAUUACAAAGAAGAAGCAGGGGACAGUUUUUUUGCCUCUGAACUGCUGUGAAUUGUGGAUUUAAUUAAAGUAUAAUCAGAGUUAAAGGUGGUUAGAAUAUUGGGGAUUUCUCUGAAUUACUUUCCAAGUUUGUAUUUGGUUCCCCUCCGUUUUAAUUUAAUUUUUAUUUCUGUAAAUAUUGUACUCAACCUCAGCACUCCUACUGUUUUUAGAUAUUUGUUUCUUAGUGUUAUUACUUUUUUGCAUUUGGAGGACUCAAUUGAAAACAGCUGGAAACGGAGUUGUGCCCUGUGAGGUGACUGUGCAAUGCCACCGUUGUAUGGCAGACCUAAUGUUAUGGUAGACUGACUGUUAAUCAUCCCCUCAGCUCUACGUUGCAAACCCUGGAUAUAAGAGAGUUAUAUGUAUGAGAAAUGCUAUGCUGGAUAUGCAUACAAUAUACUGUAUGAAAAAGCACAUUAAAAUCUCUUAAACUGUC